UCGACCGACGUCUUGGUUUAAAGAGUCUCGGGGAUAGAGUUUUGAAGAUGACUUGACUUCUGCCGACUGGAGUGAGCCGCAAAUAGAAGAGACAGAUAUUUUAGCGAAAAAAAAGGAAGCGCUUCGAUACUUCGAUAUUUCGAUAUUUCGAUAUAUAUAUAUAUAUUUAUAUUUAUAUAUAUAUAUAUAUAUAUUACAACGAAGAAUUCGAUCCAAGAGAUCGUAUACGCGAGUGAUAUAGAAUUUUUGUUGUUGAGUGUUUUACGCCCUUAAUUCCUCAUUCUCGGAGAUACGAAUUUGAAGAAGAAGUUUUCGAACCUAUCGAUCAACAACAGCUCAGGGGUCAGAAUACUGAACCCCUCUUGUAACGAUUUUAUAAUCGUCAAAGGCCGAUAUCGAACGUUCAAUUCAAAAUGAAGCGACAACAGCAACAGCAACAGCAACAGCAACAGCAGCAGCAACAUCAGCAACAACAGCAACAAUACACUCAACAAAGAACCGAACGACAGGUCACUCGGCAACAGAUCACCAGUCAGCAGAGAGUCCAAGGGGAAAUAGUGAUGCAAACGACGCCAACGAUACCAACAUUCACCGGCAGACCAGGUGAUCCGUCGCCUCCGGUUUUCGAGCAGAUCUUUAAAAAUGCAAGAUUCGCCCAAGGUGGAAAUGCCAUUUUCGAAGGAUGCGUACGUGGAAAUCCAAAACCGAACGUUUCUUGGACACACAAGGGUGCUCCUUUAUUGGAAUCACGAAAAAUUCGGAUGUCUUACGACGAUAAGACCGGUAUGGUUACGUUACAAAUCAAUCAGAUAGGUCCAGGGGAUGAGGGUGAAUAUACAUGUAGUGCCAAAAAUCAAUAUGGAGAAGCGAUCUGCUCGGUGUAUAUUCAACCGGAAGGAUUCGGACCUCCGCCUCAACAACAAUUAGGUAGUUAUAAAAAGGAAUUUGCUCAAACCUUCCAAACGACCGAACAAAAAACUGGUAGCCAGACUUAUCAGCAACGUAGUUAUCAGCAAAUGUACGACAAGCGAAGUUAUGUCAAUGGAACGUCUAGCAUUGAGGACUUCAAGGUGGAUACUUUCGAAUAUAGAUUGUUGCGCGAGACGGAAUUCCGAGAAUCGAUUACGCGUCGUUUUGUAGGCGAAUCAGACUCGCAGAUUUCUACGGUAAUAGAUCGCAGUCUGGGUCCGGUCGCACCAGCGCAAAUCGUUCAAAAACCGAGAAAUUCGAAGCUCAUUGAAGGAUCUGAUGCCGUUUUUACUGCUAAAAUAACCGGAAAUCCAAAACCAAGGUUGACUUGGUUCAAAAAUGGCCAGAGGAUCCGCGACUCACAACGCGUGGAAAUGAGUUAUUCGAAUCAGCAAGCGACUUUGAAAAUCAGGGUCGCACUACCGGAAGAUAGUGGCCACUAUACUUUAUUAUCUGAAAAUCAACAAGGUUGCACAGUAAGCUCGGCAUAUCUAGCUAUUGAAUCUAGUGACCAAGUCGAUCAAGCGGUUCAUCAGAUGCAACAAAGAGACAUUGCGAAAAGCCAACAAAUAGAUUCUUCGUCAUCAGAAUCCGAAACUGGUAAAGUACUUCCGCCUAAUUUCGUUCGUACUUGCGCUGACCGAGAAGCUACCGAAGGAAAGAUGACAAGGUUUGAUUGUCGUGUAACGGGUCGACCAUAUCCAGAAGUAACAUGGUACAUCAAUGGACAACAAGUAGCCAACGAUUUAACUCAUAAAAUUCUUGUUAACGAAUCGGGCAAUAAUUCGUUGAUGAUCACCAACGUGAGUCGGUCUGACGCCGGUGUCGUUACUUGCAUUGCUAGAAACAAAGCUGGUGAAACGUCUUUUCAAUGUAAUCUCAACGUCAUCGAGAAGGAACAAGUUGUUGCACCAAAAUUUGUCGAACGUUUCACGACUACUAAUGUUAAAGAGGGUGAACCUGUAGUAUUUACGGCACGUGCGGUUGGUACUCCUGUUCCACGAAUCACCUGGCAGAAGGAUGGUGUACCAAUUGCACCGGGUCCAGACGUGCGCAUAUCGAUGGAUGGCAGUGGAGCAUCGACUUUGGAUAUACCUUGCGCUAAAUUCUCUGAUGCCGCAUGGUAUCAAUGUACCGCACAAAAUGUGGCUGGCUCCACUGCAACCCGAGCACGGCUUUUCGUUGAAACACCGAAGGGAGCCGCACCAGAACCAAGACGCUUGAAUUUACCCCGACCGACAAAAAUCAUCGAACCAGAACCAACACCUGGCCCCGAAGUGAUCUACCUAAGACACGUAGAACGAGCCAAACCAUAUUUGCCUCCUCCUGAAGAAGAUAAAAUUUAUCCACCACCACGUUUUAUUAUACCAUUAAGAGAUGUGCAUCAAAUUGAAGGUGGACGUAUUCACUUCGAGGCCAGAAUCGAACCGGUGGGCGACCCCACUAUGAGGGUUGAGUGGUAUGUUAACGGAAGAGCUCUCGACGCAAGCUCACGCGCUACAUCCAUCUUCCGAUUCGGCUUUAUUUCUCUCGAUCUUAUCAGUAUAGUUCUUCAAGAUAGCGGUGAAUAUCUAUGUCGCGUCGUUAGCUCUACCGGAGUUGCUGAAUCUCGUGCCACUCUUAGCGUGACACCACGCGCUACGAUCGAGCAAGCCAGCCAACACCCCGACAGUCUUCAAUAUAUCCAACAGCUCGAAGAUUAUAGCAAAUAUCAAAGGCAGGAGAGCGUGGAGGAGAUAUCAUCUUCACAACGACCGGUCUUCAUCCGACCACUCCAGGAUCUUGGUGAGCUACAGGAAGGUCGUAACGCUCAUUUCGAGGCGCAGUUGACACCUGUUAGCGAUCCUACCAUGAAAGUGGAGUGGUACAAGGAUGGUAGACCAAUCACAGCUAGUUCAAGAAUCACAACCAUCUUCAACUUCGGAUACGUCUCGCUUAACAUAUUGCACCUACGGGCUGAAGAUGCAGGUUCUUAUACAGUUAAAGCUGUGAAUCGUUUGGGAGAGGCUAUCAGCUCCGCGACUCUCCGUGUCUUUGCAAGAACAAGUGUUACAACAGAUUUAGGUAUUCCUGAGCAACAGAGAUACAUUGAAGCUGCCGAGGAGUUGGAAGCUUACCAACAGGCUAUUCAUCAAAAAUAUGUGCAAGAACAGCCUGAACCGACUAGCCCACCGGAAUUUAAAUCGCCUAUUAAGGAUCAAAAUGGAAUACGAGAAGGCGGGUUUGCCCAUUUCGAAGCCCGUUUAGAGCCAGUUGGUGACGCUGAUUUACGCGUUGAAUGGCUCAAAGAUGGACGCCCUGUAGAAGCCAGUUCACGAAUUACAACAUUCUUUAAUUUCGGCUACGUUGCACUUACCAUUAAAUACGUCACGAUUCACGACGUUGGCGUUUAUACAUGCCGCGCUUAUAACAGAGUUGGCGAGGCCCAUACCACCGCUCAAUUAAGUGUUAUUAGCAAGAACGAUGUCAUCUAUGACAGUCAACAUCCUACCGGCUUACAGAGAAUUCAAACGCUUGAGGAUUCGAGCAAAUAUAUGCGUCAAGUGCAAGAGGAAGUACAGGUGAAGCAAGCACCACGUUUCUUAGGUACUUUGAAAGGGACCAAUAAGAUCGUCGAAGGUCAGCGCGCGCACUUUGAAGCCCGAGUCGAACCUCAAAGUGAUCUGACUAUGAAAAUCGAAUGGUAUCAUAAUGGCAAAUCCAUUACUGCUGCUAAUAGGAUUCAAACCUAUCACGAUUUUGGAUACGUAGCGAUCGAUAUUCUUCAAGUUCGACCUGAAGAUGCUGGUACAUAUACCGUCGUUGCAAGAAACGCUCUUGGCGAAGCUCAACUUUCAGCGACUAUGAUCGUCGAGACACGCUCAAGCGUAGAUACCAGCAGUAUGCAUCGCGGUACUUUUGAAAAAACUCAACGUCUCGAAGAAUCUAAAUUCGUCGAGCCACAAUAUCACAUCGAAGAAAUAUCUAAAUCAAAACCUAUUUUCGUACAACCAUUGAGCGAUCCAAAGCCAGUUAGCGAAGGAAAAAAUAUUCAUUUGGAGUGCCGCCUAGAACCAAUGGGAGAUCCAACUAUGAGAGUCGAAUGGUUCCAAAAUGGACGACCUGUAACAGUUGGUUCAAGAUUCAGAACAUAUUACGACUUUGGAUUCGUCGCCCUGGAUAUUGUACAUUCAACGAUUUAUGAUUCAGGAGAAUAUACUGUUAGGGCUACCAAUCAUCUUGGUACUGCACAUACUUCUGCUUGUGUCAGAGUCAUCGGUAGAUCCGAUGUUGUAACAGAAACGCAAAACGAACAGUCACUUGAGCAAAUUCAAAUGCUGGAGGAUUCUUCAAAAUAUCGUAAGACUCAGCAAGAAGAAGUUACAGUAAUGCAAGCACCUCAAUUUACUCGAGCACUUCAUAACAUCGAAACUGUAGAAUUAACUAAUGUCCAUCUCGAGUGUCGCCUUCAACCAGUCGGUGAUGCAACCAUGAGAGUAGAAUGGUUUGUUAAUGGAAGACCAGUCAAAACUGGACACCGAUUUAGACCAUCUUAUGAAUUCGAUUAUGUGGCUUUGGAUAUACUCGGUGUUUAUCCCGAAGACUCUGGGGUUUAUACUUGCCAAGCAACUAAUCAAUUAGGCGAAGCUGUCACUUCGUGUUCGGUACGAGUACAUGCGAAGAAGGAUCUCUUACUAGAGUCUCAACAUCCAGAAGGUUUAGAAAGAAUACAAUACUUGGAAGAUGCUUCAAGAUACAAAAGACACGAGUUGGUUGACGAAGUUGUAACCGUAAAGCCCAAAUUCAUUACUAGUCCAAAGAAUCAAGAAAAUCUUAGGGAAGGACAACACGCUCAUUUCGAAUGUAAGCUUGAACCUGUAACGGACUCUAACUUGAAAGUUGAAUGGUAUAAGAACGGUCGUCCAGUUACAAUAGGACACCGAUUCCGUCCAAUUCACGAUUUUGGUUACGUUGCAUUGGAUGUAAUCGAUUUAAUUGCCGAAGAUUCUGGAACGUAUACUUGCCGAGCCGUCAAUCUUGUUGGUAGCGACGAAGUUUCCUGUACAUUAUCUUGCCGCUCCACGGCACAAAUUCUAACAGAUACACGAAACGAAAGCGGCCUCGAGCAGAUUCAUUAUCUUGAAGAUCGUUCCAAAUAUCAUCGGCAGGAAGUGAUCGAGGAAACAACAACGCAGGCACCAAUCUUUACCACUUCCUUGAACAAUGUGGAAAUCAAAGAAGGACAAAGAGCUCAUUUCGAGUGCAGACUCAUUCCUGUGUCGGAUACAACGAUGAAAGUUGAAUGGUUCCAUAAUAAUACGCCUGUCAAGGCUGGUUCAAGAUUCGUAGAAACCAACAGUUUCGGUUUCGUUGCACUCGAUAUCAUGUAUGCAUAUCCAGAUGAUUCUGGUACAUACACUUGCCGUGCCAAGAACAUCAUCGGAGAGGCUAUUACUUCAGCAACUGCUGUAGUACAUUCGAAAAAAUCAAUUUACAUGGAGUCACAUAACGAAGAAGCUUUAGAAAGACUUCGUUAUCUCGAAGAUACCUCUCGUUAUCAACGUAAAACUGUACAAGAAGAAACGGUUACGCAAGCACCAGUUUUCACAAUGCCGAUCAAAGAUUUGCGCGUGGCUGAGAAUCAAGCGGCUCAUUUUGAAGCACGUGUUAUUCCAGUUGGUGAUUCCAAGCUCAAAGUAGAAUGGCUUCGUAAUGGUGUACCUAUUGCUGCUUCAAAUCGCGUAACAACAAUGCAUGAUUUUGGAUAUGUCGCUUUGAACAUGAAGUAUGUCAAUCCUGAAGAUUCAGGUACUUACACUUGUCGUGCGACAAACGAUCUAGGAGAAGCCGUAACUUCAGCAACACUUUUCGUUCAAUCAAAAGCAGCCCUGCAAUUCGAGUCGCAACACGAAAGUGCCUUAUCCAAGCUCCAAGCUCUGGAAGAUACCAGCAAAUAUCAACGUCGCGAGGAAGAAGAGAUAGUGGUGAAAGAGAAGCCUUCAUUUACGGUUCAAUUGAAUGGGCCUUCGAAGUUAGUCGAAGGACAAAGUGCACAUUAUGAAUGCCGCAUAGAACCCUAUCCUGAUCCGAACAUGAAGGUGGAGUGGUUCCACAAUGGUAAACCACUGUCCACCGGUCACAGGUAUAGAACAGCUUGUGACUUUGGCUUCGCAUCUUUGGACGUUCUGACAGUUUAUGCUGAGGAUUCGGGCACAUACACCUGCCAGGCCACCAAUAAACUGGGAACGGCCAAGAGCUCGAUAAAUCUUGAUGUAAAAUCACGCUCCUCUAUAAUCCGCGAAACCCAACACGAAAGUGCUCUUAAGAAGAUACAAUAUCUCGAAGAUGAUUCUCGUUACAAACGUACCGAGGAAGAAGAUUUCAUAAUCGCUGAGAAGCCUAAAUUUGGAAGACCAUUGAAGAAUAUUGAACACUUACCUGAAGGGAAGAACGCUCAUCUCGAAGCAACAUUGACGCCAGUUAAUGAUCCCACGAUGAUCGUUGAAUGGUUCAGAGAUGGAAGACCCGUACCUCAAGGACACAAAUUUAAGACCACUUACGACUUUGGAUACGUCGCUCUGGACAUUCUUUACGCUUAUCCUGAAGAUUCUGGCACGUAUAUGUGUAAAGCCAGAAAUGCUGUUGGUGAAGCUGUCACCACGUGCGUCAUCAGCGUAGACUCUAAGCAAGGUCUCUUCCUGGAUACCCUAGAUGCUCAACGUUUACAAAAGAUACGAGAAUUAGAAUACGUUGAAAUUAAAGAAGAAGUCGAAAAGGAAGUGGUUCAUCAAAAACCCGUAUUUUUAACGCCAUUGAACAACCUGGAUCAUUUGAAGGAAGGUGAACACGCUCAUUUGGAAUGUCGCGUCGAACCGAUCAACGAUCCGAAUUUGAAGAUCGAAUGGUUUGUAAACGGAGUUGCCGUAAGGACUGGUCAUCGCUUCCGUACCACACACGAUUUUGGUUAUGUCGCUCUCGAUAUUUUGUAUACUUAUCCAGAAGAUUCAGGAACUUAUAUGUGCAAAGCAACGAAUUUGGCUGGAGAAGCAGUGAAUACGUGCACGAUUAAAGUUGGCUCUCGUCGCAGUAUACUUUUGGACACACAACAUCCGGAUGGUCUCGAAAAGAUUCGUGAACUUGAAGCUCAAGGUCAUCCUGCUCGAUUAGAAGUAGAGGAACCUCCGUUAACACCACCGAGAUUUGUUUCUGAGCUCAGGGGCACUACUGAAGUCUACGAAGGUCAGACAGCUCACUUUGAAUGCCAAGUGGAACCACUUCACGAUGCCAAUCUUCGAAUCGAAUUCUUCCACAAUGGCAAGCCAUUACCAUCGGCAUCUCGUUUCCACAUGACCUUUGAUUUUGGAUAUGUGGCAUUGGACAUCAGUCACACGGUACCCGAAGAUGCAGGACAAUAUUCUGUUAAAGCUAUAAAUGCCCUUGGACAAUGCGUAUCUUCCAUCGAACUUAAAGUGAUACCGCGUGACAAUAUCAUUUUGGAUUCUCAACGACCAGAAGGAAUGGACAAGAUUCGCGAACUCGAAGCUCAACAACCGUGGAAAAGGCCAGACAUACCAGAACCACAAACGAGACAACGACCCGUUUUCACGCAGCCCUUGCAAAAUAUCGAUGCUAUACCCGAAGGCCAUACAGCUCACUUCGAAUGUAGACUCAUACCUGUUGGUGAUCCUACUCUAAAAGUGGAAUGGUUUAGAAAUGAAGUACCGUUGGAAACAAGUUCCCGUAUAACGAAGGUUCACGAUUUUGGAUACGUGGCUUUGGAUAUUACGCAUGUUCGCGAUGAAGACGAAGGUGUCUACAUGUGCCGUGCUUCCAAUCCGCUUGGAGAAGCAGUUACUACAGCAUCGAUGAAAAUUAAGACUAAAGCCAGUAUUCAAUUGGAUACCCAACACCCUGAAGCACAGCGUAGAAUUGCUCAAUUAGAAGCUGAUAAAGGACCUAGCCGAGCGGAGGAACCAGAUAAGGUUUUCGACAAACCUAUCUUUACUCAGUUAUUAACUGGACCUACAGAACUCUGGGAGGGUCAGCUUGCCAGAUACGAAUGUAGAGUCGUUCCCGUGGGUGAUGCUAGUUUGAGAUUUGAAUGGUAUAUGAACGGGAUCGAGUUGAAAAUGGGAUCUCGCUUCCAUGUAAAUCAUGAUUUUGGUUAUGUAACAUUGGACAUAUUGAAAGUCAUACCAGAAGAUUCUGGAGUGUAUACUUGUAAAGCUAUUAAUAAAAGCGGAGAAGCCGUUUCAUCGAUUUCUCUCAAAGUUAAAGCACGGUCUGCGAUCGAUGCUCAAAGUAUACAACCGGAUGCAUGGCAAAAGAUUCAACUCAAGGAAGCGGAGAUGAAUAAAGUACCAGAGAUGUUCGUUGAUACAACACCUCAACAAGCACCGGUAUUCACGAAACAUUUGGAAAGUUAUGAUAAAUUGGUCGAAGGACAACAUGUUUAUCUUGAAGCUCAAGUAGAGCCAAGAGCUGAUCCUAAUUUGCGAGUAGAAUGGUUCAAAAAUGGUAUAUCCCUACAAACUGGUACAAGAUUACGUAGUACCUUUGAUUUUGGCUUAGUCACACUGUCCAUCAACGGUCUAAGACCAGACGAUUCGGCCAUUUACACCUGCAAAGCUACAAAUCUACUUGGAGAAGCAGUGUCUACGUGUAGUUUGAAAAUUGUGGAUCGCCAUUGGCUUCUUGGAGAUACUCUUCAUCCAGACGCAUUGCCCAAAAUUGAUGCUCUUGAACAACCACAAAUCGGUACUACCGAGCAACCAGAACCCGUGUACGAAGAACCAGUUUUCAUAACUCACUUGAACAAUGUAGAAUGCGUUGAAGGUGAUAACGUUCAUUUCGAGUGUAACGUAGAACCAUCAAAAGAUCCAACUAUGAAAAUUGAAUGGUUCAUGAAUGGAAAGCCACUACCAACUGGUGCACGAUUUAAGUCGACUUACGAUUUUGGAUAUGUUGCACUCGACAUUACACAUAGCUACGAAGAGGAUUCAGGCAUCGUGACGGUUAAGGCAACGAAUUCCAAGGGAACAGCACAGACAUCAGGUACCCUGAAAUGCAUCAGCAAACAAAGUAUUUACCUCCAGACUCAACAUCCGCAAGGUGAAGCUGGAUUGGAAAAAGUUAAAGAAGCCGAAGACGCUUAUUUAUCGAAAUAUAGAAGACCGGAUGAUAAACCGGAACAUGAAUAUCCCAAACCAAUUUGGACCGUACCUCUUCAACCAGAAUUCAAGUUAGGAGAAUCUGAACCUCUUCAUUUAGAAGGACAGGUCGAACCGAAGGAUGAUCCUGAUUUGAAAAUCGAAUGGUAUUUCAAUGGUAAAGCUUUGGAGCAUGGAGCUCGUUUUAAAAUGACCAGCGACUUUGGAUUUGUUACCUUGGAUCUUACGGAUGUUUACGAUAGGGAUUCUGGUAUUUACACCUGUAAAGCAUAUAACAAAGCUGGAGAAGCGUUUACAUCUACGACCGUAUAUUGUUCGACUAAAGAAAGUAUUAUCGAAAAGUCUCAACAUCCAAAAGGCAAGGAAGGUCUGGAAGCUAUUCAAGACCUCGAGGAAUCUCUGAAACGGCAGGAUGGUGCUUUGCCUGAAAGCGAAGAGGGACAUCCUCCCGUUUUCACCUCACAAUUCGAGAAUCUGACUAAUCUAUCGGAAGGUGAGAUAGCUCAUUUCGAGGCGUCGCUUACACCAACGGGCGAUCAGACUAUGGUGGUUGAAUGGUUCUAUAAUGGAAAAUCAUUAGAAGCUAGUCAUCGUACUAGAACCGUUUACGCCUUUGGUAUGGUCGUAUUGGAAGUCCUUGGAACUAAAAUUGAAGAUUCGGGUACCUAUUCUUGUAGAGCAACGAACAAAUGGGGUAAAGCAGAGAUAAGCGUUCAGCUUGAAUGCGUAGACAAGUCGAAGGGACAAAAACCAAAAUUCACCACUCAUAUACAGUCCUUGGAGGGUCUUAAAGAUGGACAAUCGGUACAUUUCGAAUGUACUCUUAUUCCUGUGGGCGAUCCACAUAUGAAGGUCGAAUGGUUCCACAAUGGACAACCUCUUAGACACUCUUCUCGUUUCAAAAUGGUUUCCGAUUUUGGAUUCGUCGUUAUGGAUAUUGCCGGAGUUAUGUCGCAUGACACCGGAGAAUACGUAUGCAAAGCUAGCAACAAAUAUGGCGAAGAUUAUACGAAAGCGACCAUUAAAUGUUUCGGAAAAAGUGGAGUAUACCUCGAUUCUCUUCAACCUGAUUCUCUCGCUAGAAUUCGCGAACUUGAAAGCUACGGCGGUGAACAACCGACUACUCCAACUACUCCUAUUGCCGAACCACCCAAGUUUAUCACGCAAAUUGCAGACAUUACAAAACUCGUGGAAGGACAAUCUGCUCACUUCGAAGCCAGACUGACUCCUGUCAAUGAUCCAGACUUGAAAGUUGAAUGGUACUACAAUGGUAAAAAGCUACCUCACGGCCAUCGUUAUAGAACUUUCCAUGAUUUCGGUAUCGUCAUUCUCGACAUACUUUAUUGUUACGAAGAAAAUUCCGGUGUAUACGAAUGCAGAGCCUUCAACAAGUACGGCGAAGAUACGACUAAAGCGACAUUGAAAUGUUUUUCAAAAUCCAGCCUUAUUUUGGAAUCCCAAUUACCAAAAGGAAUGGAAGGUGGUUUAGAGAAAAUCCAAACCCUCGAGGACUCUAUGAUUCGUACUAGAGACGAGAAAACAGUUGAAGAACGUGGUAAAGCUCCAGUUUUUACUGUACCUUUAAGCAACAUCGAUGGUCUUCGGGAAGGAGAAAGUGCUCACUUUGAAGCCAGACUUACACCUACGGAUGAUCCAAGAUUAAAGGUCGAAUGGUUCUGGAACGGUAAACCGCUUCGAACAGGUUCACGCUUUCGAACAUUCUGUGAUUUCGGUUUCGUUAUCCUGGAGAUCUCACCAAUUUACCCUGAAGAUUCCGGAGAAUAUAGUUGUCGAGCAAUUAACGAUUACGGUGAAGCAGUAACCACUUGUACUAUGAAGUGUACAGGAAAACGCAGUAUAAUUCUUGAAUCACAAUUGCCAAAAGGCAUGGAGAGUACAAUAGAUAAGAUAGCUGAACUCGAAGGUCUUGGAAACGAACCUGGGCAACCAAGUCCCGACGAUGAUACAGGAAAGCCACCAGAAUUCAUCACUACUCCAUCGGAUUUAACGCUUGCAGAGAAUUCCUUAGCUCAUUUCGAAUGCAGGCUCGUACCUAUCAACGAUUCUAGCAUGAGAGUUGAAUGGUUCCAUAAUGGAAAGCCUCUUCUAGCUGGUACCAGGGUAAAAACCAUUCAUGAUUUUGGUUUUGUCAUUUUGGAAGUGGCCAAUUGCUAUCAACGAGAUUCCGGCCUUUACACGUGUAAGGCAACCAAUCGUCACGGAGAAGCUACGGUGUCCUGUAAGUUGCAAGUUCGUGGUCGUCAAGGUAUUAUUUUAGAACCACAAUUGCCUAGCAAUUUCAAGACCGGUACCGAAAGUAUUCAAAAACUAGAAGAAUCCCUCUACAAGAAAGAUGAAAUCCUUGCGGAAGAGGAAACUCCUAAUCCACCGAGAUUCAUAGUCGAAUUGAAAGAUAUCGAGGUCGAGGAAUCUGGCCCAAGUCACUUCGAUUGUAGAGUCGAACCGGUCGGUGAUCCGACGAUGCGCGUUGAAUGGUACCACAAUGGUCGGCCUUUCGCAACUGGCUCUCGCGUACAUCAAAUUAAUGACUUCGGAUUUAUUUCACUGGAUAUGUCUUAUACGUAUGCGAGAGACAGCGGUGAAUACGUCUGCAGAGCUACGAAUAAAUGGGGUACUGCGACUACCAAAGCAACCAUCACUUGUAAAUCUAAGAAGACGAUAGAUUUCGAUUCACAGCUACCAUCAGGUAUGAGUGGUGAAAAAUUAAAGGAGUUAGAACGUGGACCUAUCAGCGAGCCACCAGUCGAAGAAGCACCACGGGAACCUCCCCGUUUUAUUACUCAAAUUCAAUCGGCUACAGUCGACGAAUCAGAACCAGUUAGGUUCGAAUGCCGAGUGGAACCAAAAGAUGAUCCUAAUUUACGCAUCGAAUGGUAUAGGAAUGGAAAAAUUAUUCCUGCAGGGCAUAGAUAUAGAACUGUAUAUGAUAUGGGCUUCGUAUCCAUGGACAUUUUAUACGUAUAUCCUGAGGAUUCUGGUGAAUACGUAUGUAAGGCCAUCAAUGAUCUUGGUGAAGAUACCACUAAGGCAUCUGUAUCUUGCAAAAAACUUCCAAGUAUCAUCCUCCAGAAUCAAGUACCAAAGGGCAUGAAGAAAUCGGAAGCUUUGAUGCAAAUGGAAGCGACUAUUAAAAAAUAUACAUCCGAAGUUCACUUAACCGAAGAUGAUCUCUAUGAUGCCGAUAAGAAACAACCACCGCGUUUCGUUACACAAAUUCAGGAUCAAACGGAACUUGUCGAAAUGAACAGCACUAAAUUCGAAUGUCAAUUGGCACCAGUAGGUGAUCCAAAUAUGAAGGUUGAAUGGUUCUUCAACGGCAAACCACUACCACAAAAGAACAGAUUUACGCCGAUAUACGACUUCGGUUACGUUGCUAUGAACUUUGGUUGGGUCUAUCCGGAAGAUAGCGGAGAGUAUCUCUGCAGAGCGACUAACUUGUAUGGAAUGGAUGAAACUAGAGCGAUAAUUCGAACCGCAGGAAAACCUGGUAUCAUUUACGAGUCUCAGUUACCGAAGGGCAUGAAGAGUAUUGAAAAAAUACGAGAAAUGGAAGCCGCAUGGCAGAUUGUUCCUGAAGAGGAGGGCGAAGAAGAAAAAGUACGUGCACCACCAGUGUUUGUGAGCAAACCAGAACCAGUUACCGUUGAAGAAGGCGACUGGUCCAGAUUUUGCUGUCGCGUUACAGGCCACCCAAGGCCACGAGUUAUGUGGAUACUCAAUGGACACACUGUCGUUAACGGAUCGCGUUACAAAUUAACCUACGACGGCAUGUAUCAUCUUGAUAUACCAAAGACUAGACAGUACGAUCAUGGAAAGGUCGAAGUAAUCGCAAGAAGUUCCGUUGGGGAAUCACGUACAGAAACUUUCUUAACGGUUAAGCAGCGAAGCGACGACUAUCGUGGGGUAUUGAAGAAUUCACCUAGACCUUGGUACGAUUAUGGGCUAACCCAAUACCAGUCGGAGAGACAGAACACAGAACUCGAGCGUGUGUUCGAGGAACGUCACCAAACCGUUUCUCAAGGCAUUGAGAUUGCGACCGAACAUCUUGGGCAAAAGGUCUUUAAAGAACCUGAAGCCGAAUGGCAGAAAUCGGUAAAGAACAAAAAGAACGAGGACUAUUAUCAAAAGUUGAUGAGCUUGGAAGAGGAGCAAGUGUUGAAGGAAUCUAGAUUGAGAGAAACUUCCCAUCAGUUCGCCAUUCCUGGUGACAAAGUGGUAUCUCAUUCCGUGGCUAAAGGAAUGGCUCAGAAAUAUCAGGAAAGUCUUGAAACGCAAGACACGAAAAUACAAGAAACAACUCAAGUGACACCACCACCACAGCCUAAAUUCGCAAAGAAACCGCAUGUAACUGAGGUAGAUAUCGACACUGAGCGUUUAAAGGGCACAGGAAGACCUCCCCCGGAACCUUCGGAAUCUUUGGUUCAUGGACGGGAGGUUCACGUGGCAAAACAAAAACAGACCCAGAAAGAGGUAAAGGGUGACUUAGAAAUAACAAGGAAAAUAACAGCUACUGAAACGACGGAAGUCGAGCACAAGGCCAAGACUCAAGAACGCGUGGUCCAAGGACAAAUGAAACCGGCAAAGCCGCCCGUUUUCACGAAGAAGAUUCAACCAUGCAGAGCCUUUGAACAAGAACAAGCGAGAUUCGAGGUCGAAUUCGAUGGAGAUCCAUUACCAACCAUAAAAUGGUACAGAGAAGACUUCCCGAUCCAGAACUCACCGGAUCUUCAAAUCUACACGUUCAGCACCAAGUCGGUUUUAAUUAUUCGUCAGGUCUUUAUGGAAGAUUCUGCAGUAUUUUCCGUUAUCGCUGAAAAUCGUGGAGGCAAAGCUAAAUGCAGUGCCAAUCUCGUUGUCGAGGAACGUAGAAGACAACCUGGAAGAGGUGGAGUCGUACCACCUAGUUUUCUAUCUACCAUACAAAAUACUUCGGUAACAACUGGACAAUUGGCCCGUUUUGAUGCCAAAGUCACUGGCACCAAACCUUUAGACGUUUACUGGUUGAAGAACGGCAAAAAAGUGACGGCUGAUAUCCGUUACAAAACUUUGGAAGAGGAUAACAUUUACACUCUUCUUAUUUUGGAAACUAUACCAAAUGAUUCAGGUAAAUACGAAUGCGUCGCUAUCAAUAGUGCCGGCGAGGCACGUUGCGACGCCGAAUGCACGGUUCGUGGACCUCAGUCGCCAACAAAGACCGCAAAACCAACAACGCCUGGUGUAGAGAAGGCACCUUCUGUUCUGGAACCUCUUAAAGAUCAAACGAUUAAAGAAGGAACGUCCGUAGCGUUCGCUUGCAAAAUAACAGGAAAGCCUGUACCUACUGUUCAGUGGAAGAAAGGCGAUAAGGUUAUCAAGCCAUCAAAGUAUUUCCAAAUGCAAAAAGAUGGUGAUCUUUGCACUUUGAAAAUCACAGAAGCCUUUCCCGAGGACGAAGGUGUUUAUAAAUGUAUUGCCAAAAAUCCUGCCGGCGAUGUUACUACUUCAGCAAAUUUGAGAGUUCUUGCCCCAGAUGCGGCUGAUGUUUUGCCAAAAUUAUCGCCGCUGAAAGAUCAAAUAGUUUCGGAGGGACAACCAGCACAAUUUAAAACUCAGGUUACUCCAGCGAAACCAAAGCCAACGAUUCAAUGGUACAGGGAAGGUGCCCUUAUACCACAGUCGCCCGAUUUUCAGAUGAUUCACGAGGGCAACAAUGCUGUACUAUUAAUUGCAACAACUUACGAAGAGGACACUGGCACUUUCAGCUGCAGAGCUACGACCUCAGCCGGUACCGUAGAAACCUCUGCGAAACUCAUCGUCAAAAAACGGAAAGGGACUUAUUACGAGGUCCCUGCCGAAUCGGGCCCAGGUUUAAAAGCUGGGGAGAAAAUUUUUGAUGGUCUAGAAAAAGGGAAGGAUGUAAUAUUGAAACCAUUGCUUCUGGAUGAAGAGGGUUUACCUCUUCAACCCGGAGAUGAAUCAUUACCUUGGCGAAGAGGUCGAGUAAGUCAUCGACCUCGACCUACGAAUGUUACUCCCUGGAGGAGGGAAAAACCAAAAUCGAGAGAUGUAUCAUUGGACAAAUUAGAAUCGGUUGAGAGUAAAAAGAAACCUUGGACGGAAGAACAAAUCGUCUUGAAAAAGACCCCUCAAACAACGCGUGACAUUCCGAAAGAAAAAUUGGAACAAGUUGAACUGAAGCCUACGAAGAUUGAUAAAAUAGAGAUAAGACGUCCUAGUCAGGAAACGAUAACAUUGAAACCAGUAACCAAAGAUUUAACGUUAAUUAGGAAAGAGAUCUCUGACACUUCAUAUGUCGAUGAAGUUUCAAAAGAUGUGUACGUUGAGGAAGAAGAUGCUAAACGUUUAAAACUAUCACGCAGGGUGGAUGAAUCGGUUCUCAGGAAAGAUGAAGAAAAACCUAAGCCAUGGACCGAAGAAAAAAUUACUCUUAAGAAAAGCGAACCUGUUAAAAAGCCAGUUUCGAAGGAAACGAUUGAAAUCGACUUAAAGCCAGCUAAAACGGAAAAGACAGUUAUGAAGAAAGAUGAUAAAAUCGAAUACGUAGAACAAGAAGACACCACACUUUUAGAUGUAUCUAAGAUAUCCGAAGAGAAGAGAAUUACAAAAGAAAAAAUUGUUACUGAAAAAGUAGAACAACCUAAACCUUGGACGGAAGAAAAAGUCACUUUAAAGAAAGCUAAGGUCGAGAGAAAAGCAUUAAUCAAAGAAACACCAGAAACUGUUGAACUUAAACCGACUAAACCUGUUAAAACGGAAGUGCAGAAAUCAAUACUCGAAGAAGUUGAUCUCAAGCCAGUCACUAAGACGACUACGGAAAUAACUAAGGAAGACAUUCGAAAGGAUGAAUAUCGUGAUGAAGAGAGUAUCAAAUUACUUCGCAUAUCUACUGACGUAAAAGAAACAAAAAAAAUAGAUAAGGAGGAAGUUGAAGCUAAACCUUGGACCGAAGAAAAGAUCACGUUGAAAAAAGCAAGACCAGAUAAAAAAGACAUUCCUAAAGAGGAAGUCGAAAAGGUCGAUUUAAAGUCUCCGAGGAAGGAAACGAUUGAUAUCAAGAAGCCAAGCAUAAAAGAUAAAACAAUCGAAAAGAAAUUAAUACCAGAAGAAACUGGUCCAUAUACCGAGGAAGAGGAUACAACAAGAUUGACUGUCACUUCUGAUACGAAAACCAGUGUUCAAACUGAAUCUAAAAUUAAAAAGACAGAUAAAAUACCUCAGGUAGCCGAAACGAAGCCAUGGACGGAAGAAAGGGUAACAUUAAAGAAGACAAUGGUAGACAAAAAGGAAGUAAUAAAAGAAACCCUAGAAGAAGUUUCAUUAAAAUCAAUAAAGCCAGAAAAGAAGGAAACGACAAAGAAAAUCACGAAAACGAUGGAAGACAAAACUACGGAAUAUGUCGAAGAGCAGGAAGACAGUAAAUUUUUAAAUAUUCAGAAAGAUACUACGGUAGAACAACGUAAAACUGAAGAAGCUGUACCGUGGUCAAGGGGUAUUAAAAAAUCAAAAGAAAAGAUGCCAUACGAGGAAAAAGAAGAUAUAACUACUCUUCAAAUUGGCAGAGACAUAGAAAGUGUAAAGAAGGAAGUUAAGGAAGAAACACCAGUACCAUGGAUAAGAGGAAAGAAACCAUUAGACAAAGCACCUUACGUUGAAGAAGAAGAUCAUACUAAAAUAACAACUGAUAAGAUAGAAGAGACUGAACAAGUCACUCAAAAAGAGACGGCUGUUCCAUGGAUUCGAGGUAAAAGGCCAAAGAAGGAAGAUGUACCUAAAGAGCAGGAAAGUCCUAGCGAGGAAAUAUCUCAAGUUCCUUGGCUCCGUGAUAAAAAAUUGAGUCGUACAAUUACGAAGAAAAAAGAAGGGGAGGAAGAAAAAGUACAGGAGGAAGUAAUAUUGAAACCUGUUAUACGACAAAAGCCAGAAGAAAAGGAAGAAGAAAAGAAACAGCCACAAAAGAAAACAGAAAUUACCAUGCCAAUUAGACCUCAGGAAACUCUCGAGGAAGCACCUCUGGAUUCGUCUAGUGCUCCUUGGCGUCGUACAAUAAAAACAAAAUCUUCUGUACCGGAAUUACCGGAAACUGAACAUAUUCCUUCAAAAGUAGAAGAAACAAAACAAAUAAUUAAAAAAGACGAACAGGUAAUCGAAGACUUUAGAACGUUAAGUUUAAAACCUACUAGACGUAGUAGCCGACCACUUGAACAAGAAGAAAUGGAGAAACCAACGCUUAAGCCCGUCGCUCCAAUUCCGCAGGAACAAUUGAAACCAGAAAGAUCGGAACAGCUUGUAAAUGGAGAAAAGAUCGAAGAAAAGACCGAGCUUCCUUGGAGGCGAGGAAGAAAACUUUCGACAAAACUAAUACCAGACAGUAAAGCUGAAGUUGAAAUUCCAGUAGAACACAUUCCUAAAGAGCAAGACAAAGAAACAUUAAAAACUGAAACGAGGAAGCAAAUUGAAGAAAUUCCAGAUCAGACAAAGAUUACGUUGGUCACGAAACGAAAGGUUCCAGAAGAGGUUAAACCAGAGGAAGUAACAUUGAAACCUGUUAAACGAAUUCCUAAAGAAGAAGAAGCAAAAGGAGAGAUAACUUUGAAGCCUAUAGGCAGGAAAAAACCAGAAGUAGAGGCUCCAGAAGAAGUUAAACUUAAACCUGUGAGGAAGGAAAAGAUUCCAGAGGAAACGAAACCAGAGGAAGUUAAGCUGAAACCGGUCAGAAAACAAAAAGUUCCAGAAGAAGUGAAACCAGAGGAAGUGACAUUGAAACCUGUUAAACGAAUUCCCACAGAGGAAGAAACAAAAGAAGAGAUAACUUUAAAACCUAUAGAUAGGAAAAAACCAGAAGUAGAAGCUCCAGAAGAAGUUAAACUUAAACCUGUGAGGAAGGAGAAGAUUCCAGAGGAAACGAAACCAGAGGAAGUUAAAUUGAAACCGGUCAGAAAAGAAAAGGUUCCAGAAGAAGUGAAACCAGAGGAAGUGACAUUAAAACCUGUUAAACGAAUUCCCAAAGAGGAAGAAACAAAAGAGGAAAUAACUUUGAAGCCUAUAGGCAGGAAAAAACCAGAAGAAGAAGCACCAGAAGAAGUUAAACUUAAACCUGUGAGGAAGGAGAAGAUUCCAGAGGAAAUGAAACCAGAGGAAGUUAAGCUGAAACCAGUCAGGAAAGAAAAGGUCCCUGAAGAGGUGAAACCAGAGGAAGUAACAUUGAAACCAGUUAAAAGAAUUCCCAAAGAAGAAGAAACAAAAGAAGAGAUAACUUUAAAACCUACAGAUAGGAAAAAACCAGAAAUAGAGGCUCCAGAAGAAGUUAAACUUAAACCUGUGAGGAAGGAAAAGAUUCCAGAGGAAAUGAAACCAGAGGAAGUUAAACUGAAACCGGUCAGGAAAGAAAAGGUCCCUGAAGAGGUGAAACCAGAGGAAGUAACAUUGAAACCAGUUAAACGAAUUCCCAAAGAAGAAGAAACAAAAGAAGAAAUAACUUUAAAACCUAUAGAUAGGAAAAAACCAGAAAUAGAGGCUCCAGAAGAAGUUAAACUUAAACCUGUGAGGAAGGAGAAGAUUCCAGAGGAAACGAAACCAGAGGAAGUUAAAUUGAAACCGGUCAGAAAAGAAAAGGUUCCGGAAGAAGUGAAACCAGAGGAAGUGACAUUGAAACCUGUUAAACGAAUUCCCAAAGAGGAAGAAACAAAAGAGGAAAUAACUUUGAAGCCUAUAGAGAGGAAAAAACCAGAAGAAGAAGCACCAGAAGAAAUUAAACUGAAACCGGUCAGAAAACAAAAGGUUCCAGAAGAAGUGAAACCAGAGGAAGUGACAUUGAAACCUGUUAAACGAAUUCCCAAAGAGGAAGAAACAAAAGAAGAGAUAACUUUAAAACCUAUAGAUAGGAAAAAACCAGAAGUAGAAGCUCCAGAAGAAGUUAAACUUAAACCUGUGAGGAAGGAGAAGAUUCCAGAGGAAACGAAACCAGAGGAAGUUAAAUUGAAACCGGUCAGAAAAGAAAAGGUCCCAGAAGAAGUGAAACCAGAGGAAGUGACAUUGAAACCAGUUAAACGAAUUCCCAAAGAAGAAGAAACAAAAGAAGAGAUAACUUUAAAACCUAUAGAUAGGAAAAAACCAGAAAUAGAGGCUCCAGAAGAAGUUAAACUUAAGCCUGUGAGGAAGGAGAAGAUUCCAGAGGAAACGAAACCAGAGGAAGUUAAAUUGAAACCGGUCAGAAAAGAAAAGGUUCCAGAAGAAGUGAAACCAGAGGAAGUGACAUUGAAACCUGUUAAACGAAUUCCCAAAGAGGAAGAAACAAAAGAGGAAAUAACUUUGAAGCCUAUAGGCAGGAAAAAACCAGAAGAAGGAGCUCCAGAAGAAGUUAAACUGAAACCGGUCAGAAAAGAAAAGGUUCCAGAAGAAGUAAAACCAGAGGAAGUGACAUUGAAACCUGUUAAGCGAAUUCCGAAAGAGGAGGAAACAAAAGAAGAGAUAACUUUAAAACCUAUAGAUAGGAAAAAAUCAGAAGUAGAGGCUCCAGAAGAAGUUAAACUUAAACCUGUGAGGAAGGAAAAGAUUCCAGAGGAAACGAAACCAGAGGAAGUUAAACUGAAACCUGUCAGAAAAGAAAAAGUUCCAGAGGAGGUUAAACCAGAGGAAGUUAAAUUAAAACCUGUUAAACGAAUUCCUAAAGAUGAAGUAACGAAAGAAGAGAUAACAUUGAAGCCUAUAGAGAAGAAGGAAACUAAAGUAGAAGUACCAGAAGAGGUAAAGUUGAAACCUCUGAUAAAAGAAAAGAAACCCGAAGAAGCCAAGCCUGACGAGAUUAUUCCUGUCGCUGUUGUUGAAAAACCUGAUGAAGAGAAACCAGAUGAAAUUAGUAUUUUACCCUGGCGACGGACUCGUAAAGCAAAGAAAGUAGUUGAUUUUAAAGAAGAGGUUACUGUAGUACCAAUUGAUCAAGAACAGAUGAUAACAGAAAUACACGAAGAAAAAGAAAUAUCUGAAUUGAAAGUAGCAACUGUAAUUGAAGAAAGAGAAGUCAUAAUGCCUAAACCACUUCCUGAAAAGGUUACGGAAGUAUCAGAAGAAAAGAAAAUAGAAGUUAGUGAGAAAAAGGUAAUGCCAUGGCGAAAAGCUAGGAAACCUGAGAAGAAAACCGAAGAGAUUCUACAGGUCGAACAAAUACACGAGGAGAAAAAGGUAGAUGAAGAUUUGGUUGAAAAGACUGAAAUUUCCUGGAGAAAAAUAAAACGGAAACCAGAGGAAACAAAAGAAGAUGAGAAGUCGUUGGAUACUAUUGAAAAGGUCAUCGAAAGUGUAGAAGAUGUAACGAAGAAAUUGAAACCUGAAGAACAAAAACCAAUUAUGAAAGCCGUAGAAAGAGAAGAUGUGGUAGAGGAAGUAACUGUUGAGACAAUAAAGAUGAAACCAGAAAAGAAAGAGGAAAAGAGAAAAACAGAACCAAUAAAAUUAGAAAUAGCUCCUGAGAAACCCGAAGAAACGGAAGAAAUUAGCACCGAUUUGGUAUUGAAGAAGCCUAAGAAGAAAGAUAAACCUAAAGAAGAUAUUACUCCUGUAAUUGUCGAGGAGAAGCAAGUAAUUGCAGAAGACAUUGUUACUUCUGUUCAAGAUUUCCAAAUAACUCGUAAAGAAAAGAUAAUCAAAACCGAUAAGAAACCGGAAGAAAUUGUCCAAGAUGAUUACAAAGUUGAAAAAGUAAUUCAGGAACGUGUCACAGAAGAAACUAAGCGAAGACGUAGACAACAUACACAAGUCGAUAUACCGAUUAUAGAUAAAGAUAAAACAAUUGCGCCAAGGUUCAUCCAGAAGCUACAACCAAUUGUUGCGGAACUUGAACAACCCGCUAAAUUUACGUGCACCGUCGUCGGUAAUCCAGUCCCCGAAAUUUCUUGGUAUAGAAAUGAGCAAGAACUUCAUGCAAGUGAAAAAUAUAUUAUGACGAUAUUUGAAACAACGGCUACUUUGGAAAUUACCAAGGUGAAAGAAGAAGAUGCAGGAAUGUAUUCUUGCAGAGCAUCGAAUCCGGCAGGAGUUGCAACGUCUACAGUGAAUCUCGUCAUCUUUGAAAAAGAAGAGGAAGGUGUUGCUCCUCACUUCUCUACUCCAAUCAAGCCACUUAUGGUCGAAGAACAUAAACCAGCAACGCUCGAAUGCGUUGUUACUGGUACGCCAGUCCCUGAAGUAAAAUGGUAUAGUGGUGAUAAAGAAAUUAUACCAAAAAAAGGAACGGAAAUAACGUUUAAUCCGGAAACAGGAGAAGCUAAAUUAAUUAUCCUUGAACCUACGCCACAGGAUGAAAUAACUUAUCGCGUACGUGCCGUAAACAAAUUCGGUCGGGCAGAAUGCAGAGCCAAUCUGGUUAUAAGCAAUAUCGUUAAAAUUUCCAAACCAGAGGUAAUGCAAGCUCCUACAAUAAUAAAACCUUUGCCAGCAUUGGUGGCAGAACGGGGUAAACCUCUAAAGUUAACGGCUGACUUCGAAAGCAAGCCGAAACCAGAAGUAAAAUGGUAUCGCAACGGAAUCGAAAUUACACCUGGCGAAAACCGUGUGAUAAAGAUUUAUGAAAAUAGUGCAGAACUGUUGAUACCUUCACCCGUUAAAACAGACGGCGGAAAAUAUGAGAUAAGAGUACAAAAUCCUGCUGGAGAAGCUCGAAGUUCCGGUUCGGUUACCGUAAAAGAACGCGAAGAUAAAUUAGACGAGGUGAAAGCUCCACGAUUUAUUGAACCUAUACAACCGCAAAUAGUCACAGAAGGGGAAGUUGUAAUCAUGGAAGCACGAGUAGAUUCUUAUCCAGCAGCCUCCUUUCAGUGGUUCUACGAAAGUCGUCCCCUCGAAUCUACGGCACAGAUGAGAAUAGUUACGAAGGAAAAUAGAUCGGUAUUACUGGUGAAAGAGAUCAAACCAGAAUUCGCAGGUACGUACACCUGUCGUGCUGAGAACGUAGGUGGAUCAGUUACGUGUACGGCUACCGUUAAUCUUCUCGACACAACGUGGGAGGAAGCUACUGAAUUAAUAUCACCAACAUUCGUGAAAAGAUUAUCACCUGUUAGAGUGAUGGAUGGUGAGAGCGUAAAUCUAACGUGUGUCGUAGAAGGUAAACCAACGCCAAAAGUCGAAUGGUAUCACGAUGACAAACUGAUCAAAGAAGGCAAAGAAAUAACUAUUUUGCAAGACACCGAAGGCGUAUGUAGUCUUGCAAUUACGGAGGUAUUCCCCGAGGAUGCAGGUCAAUAUACGUGUCGUGCUGUAAAUCCUAUUGGUGAGGCUGUCUGUACAUCGUCGCUUGUCGUCGAAGCAUAUGAGUACGUACCAGAUUCAGAGAUUGCAUCGUCGAUCGUUGCAACGUCUCUUACCACAGGACAAAGUGGUUCGGAAGAAGACCUAUUAUCGCCAAAGGAGACGCCUCUCUUCGAUACUGAUACAGAGGAGUCUGCUCCAGAAAUAAUAAAGAAACUUCCUCAGUUAAUUCCUACCAAAGAUGGAGAAUUAACCAGACUGGAAGUAAAGGUCAAAGGGAAGCCGAAGCCAGAAGGAAAAUGGUACAAACAAGGAGUGGAAAUCGUAUCGUCUCAAGAAUUUCAAAUUGAAGAUUUUGAAGAUGGAACUUCGGUACUAACAAUCGCAGAAACUUAUCCAGAUGACACCGGUGAAAUUGUAUUUGAAGCGCAUAAUCCUCUUGGAGUAUCUACCACAAUGACGUAUUUGUCCGUAGAAGGUAUCCUCGGGACGAAAGAAUAUAGGAAACCAGAAUGGGUGACCCAAAUGGAGGAGAUGCAAGAAGCUCUUAAAGCCACGCAAUCCAUACCACGAUUUAUUCAAGAAAUAACAGACGCUUAUGUAAAUGAAGGAGAAAAGGUCGUGUUCGAAUGCAUAUAUUCCGGUAAUCCUGUUCCAGACGUUGUUUGGUACAAAAAUGAUAAAUUGAUAAUGAAUACGGACAAUAUCAAAAUCCGUAUGCUCGACAAUGAGAAGAAAAGUUCGCUUAAUAUUUUGAAAGCUACUCGAGAGGACGAAGCUGUUUAUGUUUGUAAAGCUACAAGUGAGAUUGGUCUGACGAUAACAAAGGCCAAAUUACGCGUAACUGGCACUGAAACCGACUGGAAGCCGAUGUCGGAGGAUGAAGCUGAAGAGGUGGUAGAGGUUAAACAGAAGAAAGAAGUACACAAAAAGAAGAAACCGGAAUUGAAGAAGGCAAAAGAACUGAAAGAAAAAAUCAAGACAGAGCGUGUAAAAGUCGAUAAGAAAGAGAUCGUUAAAGAGGAGCCGAUAAGCAAAGAACAGCCUGAAGAUAAAAAAAUUGCCGAUAUCGGAGAAACCCAAGUACUCGAAAGUGCAACGACCUUUGAAGAGAAGACAAAAGAGGUUUCUCGGGCUAAGAAGAUCGUUCCUAUUCAGGAACCCGUGAUAACCGAAGCUACGCCUUCGUUGAAGAAGAUCGAUGACCGAAAAUCACGAGAAAUGGUAUCGACUAAAGAAAAAGCAAAGCCGGUAAUCGAGGAACGUGAGAGUAUGGUAGUCGUUUCCGAAAUAAGACCAGAAGACGUUGCAACUGAUUUCAAAGUAGAGAAAACAGUCGAUCGUGCGAGCGAGGUAACAUCAGAGGCAUUCGAGACAAUUUCUGUAUCGGAAGUUCGUACGGAAACGAAGCAAAAGAAAGCGAAGAAGGUGAUCGGUCAUGGACAAGUUGAGGUAACGCUGGUGAAAACCGAAGAGAUCAUCGAAGAGAAGCCAAAGAAAAAGAAGAAAGGUGAACAGAAGGCAAGAAUUCGUGAAGAGAUAACUGUGGAAGAGAUCCUUGAAAAAGAAAGAGAGCACAUAGCGCGAGAAGUCGAGGAAAUCCUUGAGGUGCUUCAGGCUAAGGAAUUUGGACCCGGUGAAAGUCCUUUACGCGAAUUGGCUACCAUCGGUUAUCUUGUACGGCAGGGUGUUUCGGUUACGGAAAUAAAUGAGAGUCUCUACACAACCGACAAGUUCCCUGCCUUGAGAACACCGGACGCUCAAAACGCUCUAGUCCAAUUAGUUGAACGCGAAGGUCAUGGGCCUCUUAUCAGUCAAGUAUUAACCGAGGAAACGACUACCGACGAGAGCAUCGUAGCCGCAACUAUUGGCUUCAGGGCUUUUAUGAGAAUGAUCGAAUUACAACAUGCCACGGUGGAAGAGGUCAUUACGCACUUUGUACCCGAAGACUUCCGUCCACGUGCUUGGGAGGUCACAGAAGUGGCUGAGGUUGAAACCGAGCAACGCGUUAUGGAAAGAAUCGAUGCCGUCCAUAAGACAGAAGUCCAUAUCAUGGAAAGAAGAGACGAGAGGAAAGCCAUUCACGUGCAGGAUAUUCAAGAAAUUAAAGAAUACGAGGACACACGGCAGGCACACACAACACUACGCAAGCGAAAAGAUAGAAAACCGAAGGAUCGCAUUGAAGAUAAACCGCAGGAUAGGGAUGAGGGGGUUCAGGUAUUAGAAAUCGAGGAAAUCCAAGAGAUUGAAAAGGAGAAGAAGAAAGAGGACAUAGAAGAAGAAAUUAUUGUCAUUGAAAGGGAUUCAAAGGGCAGACUGAUUCCAAAAGUAGAAAUAGAUAUUGUGAAAAAAGUGAAAGAGAAAAAAGAGGAAGAGAAAAAAGAGAUAGAAGAAGAAGUGAUAGAGGAAGAAAUAAUUCGCAAGCGUAAACAAUUAACUGCAAAGAGACCGGCUAUCGGUGAGGACGAAAUUCAAUUGGAAGAAGUAGAAGAAUUCGAAAUAAAACGAGAUAAAUCUAUGCCUUCUGUCGUAUUAAACGUACCUGGUCAACUUCACGAAGUAAUUCCUUUCAAUCGUACCGUCGAACAGGCUCCUGGUAAACCCAAAGUCGAGAAAGCUCAAUUAGCUGUAGAUACGGUUAGUGCGCUAACAGAACAUCUCCAACCUGUACAAGAAAAAGAAAUUGAUAGCGUUGAUGUGAGAAAACCAAUUGGACAAAAAGCAUCAGUUUCAGUUUCAACCGUGGAACCUUACUCUAUCACGGAAACUAAUAUUCAGGCUAUGGCUAGCGAAUUUUUAGAUACGUUUAAACCAAAUACUUAUGCGGCUACUCCAGGCGUUACGCCAUCCGAAAGUUUAGUAGUAAGUGAAAUAUUAACUAACGAUGCCGACUUGUCGGAUCUUACGUUGAGUAAACCAGAAGUUUCGAGAAGAGCCGAUACUAGUUUGACGUUACAAGAAGCUACAACGAUUUCUGAAACAAUGGUUAGUCAGAACGAAGUACCUACGGAAGAUUUUGUUUCGCCACUCGCGGUGAAAGCCGAGGAUAAUUUCUUGCCUCAAGUAGGACUUUCCGUCUACGAGGUUCAAGAAGGUUUGGUAGAAGACAAACUCGAACCUAUUAAAACUGUUCCUACGAAACCUAGGGUGAACGUUACCGCUACCGAACCAUUGAUCAUAGAGGAAGUAUGUGCCGAAGAUAAACCUGGAAAAUAUUAUCCAGAAUUAAUAGUACCUACAGAAGUCGCGAUACAAUCGGUCAUUGCACAGAAGCAAAGAGUUACAGAAGAAUUACAUGCUCCUGAAAAGGAGGGCGAGUAUGUGCCAGGUAAAUUGCCACCUAGUCAAAAAGCUCAGAUCGGUAUUUCUUAUGACAAUGAGACCGCUAUCGUUCAACAAAAUCUAAUCCAGGAAAGCGAGGGUAUUUUUGUUCCCGAUCGUAAAGCAGACACAUUCGAAGCAACGGAUAAAAUCACUUUGUUGGAAGGAGUCACAGUAUCUACCGUUGAUACACAACAGAGAGAAACAGAUCUAAAAGUAGAAGAAAGUAAAACUGUAAAAGCGGAUCUGAGCGUUAUCGAAAUUACUUCAGCUACGACAGUCGAAACAAUAACUUCGGAAAAAGAGCAAGAUUAUCAACCAGAUGAGAAGCCAGCUACUAAGCUUGCUGAAACAUCAAUCUCUACAUUAGAAAUAGGUUCUGUCACAAGCACGAUGGUGCAAGAAUCAGAGGGACCAUACACUAGCGAUCACAAACCAACAGCAUUUUUAGCAGAAACUUCAGUUAGACCGGAAGAAUAUUUACAGGUAUCUCAAGUUCAAACAGCCGAUUAUCCAUCAGAUUUUAAAGAUGAGUUAAAAUACGUAUCGGAAAGUGGGAGCGUAUCUGUCGAGUUAACAGAAGCUAAAAUGGUACACGAGACUCUUACGCACGAUAAGGAAUCAAAGUUGGAAGAAGCUGUAAAACCUGAAGAGCGUACAAUUUCAACCUCGUACGACGCAAUACGGGGCGUAGAAGUGUUCCAAACCACAUCGAUAGAAAAGGAAGCUGAAUUAAAGAUAUUCGAAUUACCAGAGUCUCAUCAUGGUAAAACCGUGCCAACUCAUCCAGUCAUAUCUCUACAAAUCGAGGAAACUCAUCCUGAAGAUAACGUAGGUGAAGUUAUCAAAGAAGUUCCAUCGUCAGCAGUGGCUGCAAUUGGCGCGAUAAGCUUGCAAGAAACAAUAGUAAAAGAAACAGUCCCGGCUGAAGGAUUAGCCCCGGUAAAAGAAGACAAGGUUGUUGAUAUGAAAAAGGCUGAAGUAGCAAUCGAUGAAAUAGAAAGCGUUCGUACUACCAUGGUCAUAACUAGUGAAAAAGAAGCCGAAUACACUACAGUAUCUAAUGUCAAAGGAGCAUUUGCUACAACAGAUUUUAUAACACAUAACGCCCCUAUAUCAGAGGAAGUAAGAACUGAAUCUCCUACAAAUGAAUUCGUUCCACACGAGAGACCCGCUUCAAGAACAGCCGAGGAAUCUCGAAUUCCUCUGGAAAGUAUUUACGUAGCGAUACAAGAAACUGCGGAGAAAGAGGAUAUUUAUAAUGUCGAUGUAAAACCAGAACAGAAAAUUGCAAAUGUAGAUUACACCGAAGCGAAAAGCGGAUUAAGCAUUCUUGAAAUCGUUACGCACGAUAAAGAGAUGGCAUAUGCUCCUAUGGAAAAGCCCAAGGAUUAUACCGUUCAAACAUCCAUAACAGGUCAUACCAUAGCAUCACAAUCAGAAACUUUAAUACAACAAUCUACUGGUUCUAUAAUUGACGAGACACCGAAAACAGGUAAAGCAAUUCAGCAACAGGAGGCUUUAGAAGAACUGAUUGUAACAGAAACCAACAUAGGGGAAACAGGGAAACCAAGAGAAACGGACGUACGUCCUAUCGAACAAAGCGCAGAUGUAGAACUUUGUACAAGGCCGGAUACGUUAAUGGUCAGUGAAAUUACGGCCAUGUUAAAUGAAGAAAAGUUAUCGAUCGAAGAAGUACCAAAAGAGCGGAAAGUAUCUAUGAACAUUAGCGUUACUCACGAAGUGGCAGAAAUGCAAGAAACUAUUAUCGCUAGUAACGUUAACAUUCUUAAGGAAGAAAAACCGAAAGAAGAAAGUGCAACUCAGCAACAAAGUGGUUUAAAUAUUGUAGAACAAACUGAAGUAUCAGUGUCGGAAAAAGAAUCACCAUUACAAGUGGACCUGAAACCAGAAACCAAAAAAGUGGGAGUGACUUUCGAAGAAGGAGAGGGUCUUGAAAUUGUCAUGACACAUCCUGAAGAAAAAGAAGGAGAACUUACUAAAGAUUUUAAACCAAAAGGCGUGGAAGCAAACGUAGAUAUUAUUACGCAAAUUGUGGCAUCCAAAUUCGAAAUAAUAAGCGAUACUGAUUUAUCUCAAUUACCGAUUGAACCUGCAAAAACCGCACAAUCGCAAACAACCUUUUUGCCGUUUGAAACUACCAUUUCUGAACAAGUUGAAACCACAGAGAAAGAAGCUCCGUUGUCUGAAAGUCAACCAUUCGAUAGAAAAGCUAAUCUUGAAUUUAUAAUGGGCGAGAGUGUAAUUGUUUCUUCGGUAAUUCCUGGAGAUAAGGAAAGCACUUUACCCAAAGAAGAAAAGCCAGAAUCGAAAUCUGUAAUGUUCGAUAUACCCACACACAUGGUAGCUGAAACAAGUGAAACGACUGCUACAGAUAACAUUGGUGAUUUCAAAAGAGCAGAAAUAUUAUCUGCUACAGCUACCACGGAUCACGUUACUUUUCGUAGUUUAAUCACGUCGGAAAUAUCAACCGGUGAUUUAGAACAACCUCUUCCUACGUUCAUCAAACCAGAGGAUAAAAUGAUUAAUGUUACCUUUGACGAAGAUUACGGCGUCACUAUAUUAGAAACUAUAACAUCCGAUAAAGAAAAGGAUUAUAUACCGGCAGCACCCAUUGAAGGUGAGAAAGCAAUAGCUGCUUUCGAUGCUCAUAAAGUUGCUCAACAGGAAGAAAUUACACCGACCACUCAUCCAGGAAUUUUGGAUAUCUCAGCUCUUACUACUGCAGCCGCCAAAGAAGAACGUUUACCGUUUGAAAGUAUUAUUCAAACGGAAACAAUUAUAUCAGAGACUGAAAAAGAAUUUCGAGAAAAGCCUAUUAUAGGUAAUAAGGCAGAAGUGGGAAUAAAUGAAUUAAUUUCUGUAACAGAAAGUACAGAAAUUGCGGCGCACAAAGAAGCUAUUCUUGAAAUUUCUGAGAAACCAGCCGAGAAGAAGGCUGAAUUUCAAAUAGUUGGUCACCCAAUCGCCGAGAAAGAAGAAAUUACUGUAGAUCUGAGUGUGGGAAAAGUAGAAGAUUCGAAGGUAUUAUCAGUUAUUGCAACGCCUUCGAAUGUUCCUUUAGAAACAAUAGUAACAUCGGAGAUACAAGCGACUGAAUCUGAAGCACCAUUCUCCAGGGAUAAAUUCCCUAUGCAGGCAACAGCAGAUUUAGCUCUAGUAGAGGAAAAAAGUAUACAAAUAUCUACAGUUAUUACCGAAGAUAAAGAAAGUGAAUACAAGCCAGGGGAAAUUCCUGAAGUUAGAAAAGCAGGAAAAUCUUACGUGGAGGGUCAUACGGUAGCUGAAACGAUGAUGCAAAUUUUGGACUAUACCACGGGAGAAUUAACUAAAGAAAUAUUAUCUACAUCAACGGUGAAAUCGGAACACAUACCUUUGAUACCGCUAAUCGAAUCACAACCAAUUGUUCAAGAAAGUGAAGAUCAAUUCCUACCAAUGUUAAUGCCAGAAAAUAAAACUGCAAACAUAGGUUUGGAAUAUGAUAGAACAAGUGUCACCAUAUCUCAAAUGACGACCGUUGAAAAAGAAUCUAUUUAUGUACCCGAAGAACAACCAUCGAAGCACUCAGCUCUUCCUGGAAUAGAUUCGAUUCAUGGAAUCGCAGAAACAACUACGAUAACUACUGAGGAUUCCGUUGGUGAGGUCGAUAUAAAGAAACCAGACGCAAAAACUGCAAUCGCUACACAAGAAGUGCAACAAAGUUUAUUAAUAACUCAGGAUAUCCCACAAGAUCAAGAAGCACCCUUCGAAGGAAAAUUCAAACCAACACCUCACGAAAUUCAUAUGUCCAUAGAAGAAGGUAAACGUGUUACAACUGUCACGGAAGUCAAUAUAUCGGACAAAGAAGAUACUCUUACCACUUUUCAAGAUAGAAGUCAAGAGGCCGUACCAGUUAUUAUUACAGGACACGAGGUUGCUGAAAAGACGGAAAUUGUAACUGAUUUGAGCACAGGUAAAUUGGACAUAGUUAAGCCGUCGUCGGCUACCGCUCAAAUUGGACAAAAGCCUUACGAAACGAUUCAAUUGACCGAAGAGAUUUUAGGUGAGAAAGAAAUAGAGACGGUAGAGAAAGUGCCAUUAACAUCGACUAAGGCACGCGUUGCUCUGGAUGAUAAUAGAUUCAUAGCGAUCACAGAAGCUACUAUUACGCAGGAUGUGGAAUCAGAACUUCUUCUAGAGAAGAAGCCUUCGGAGAAAACGGCAGUGCCUACGUUAGAUGCUAAAGAAGUUGCGGAACAUCUUGAAGUCAAUUUACGCGAAGGUCUUGGUACAUUACCCGAAGCAAUUAAACCAGCUGUAUCGGAAGCACAUCCUACCCAAUCUAUUUUAGAAUCUAUAAAUAUUAACGAAACGAUUCCCCAAGAACAAAGCGCUGUACUUUCGGAUAAAUUAGAAUUUGAUAAACGCAGCGCGGAAAUAGCUUUCGUCGAAGAAAAAAGUAUAAUAAUUGACACUGUGCUAACACAAGAUAAGGAAGAUAUCAUGACAAUACCAGAAUAUACGCAUAGUACUGCACAAAUAAAAUUAACGAAAAUUGGAAUGGAUGUUGCUGAAACGUCGGAAUUGUUGAUAGAACAAAGUACUGGUUCUGUAAAACCAUUUGAGAAAACUGAAAUGAAAGCCCACUCAAAACAAGAUGCAUUAGAGCCACUAAUCAUUGAAGAUAUUCCUAGUGCGGAAAGUGAAGGUAUCUUCGAUAAAUAUCCUAAAACAAUUUCUAGUAUUGCCGAUACCGUAUUUGAAGAGGGCCACAGUAUUUCGAUUACCGAGGUUACUUCGGCUGAGCUAGAAACAUCUUUAGAAACAAAAGAGCUUGCCUCUUCGCAAACAGCUUCUUCCACAAUCAUUACAGAACAUGGUACGAUUGAAACAACGCUCGUAGAAUCGCAAGUUAAUAUCCCUGAAAAAGACACUGAUCGUGGUGUGACACCGCAAAAAGCAACAGCACAUCGUGAUACAUUUGAAAGUAUUAUCGUAGAACAGAAUUUGGUCGAAGAAAGUGAGAAAACUUUUGAGGGUAUUUUUAAACCAUCGAUGCAAAAGGCAGACAUUGAUUUCCAACAGAACAAACCUUUGCAGAUUUCCGAAAUUAUUACCGAAGAUAAGGAAGACGUGUUCAAUGUCAUUCCUAAGCGACAAGAAGUGAAAGCUACAACUGAAAUUGGACUGUUUGAGACGGUACAAAAAUCUUUGAUAGAGGGUAUGCAAAGUGUAGAAGAGAUUCCCAAAGAACAAACGAUUUCCUCUCAAGCAACUUUAUCACAAAUUCCUAUCGAGGCCGUUAUUGAAACGGAAACAACAUUAGGUGAACGAGAGGAUACAUUCGAAGGGAAAGAUUUUAAACCAACUGAACAAAAAGGUAAACCUCAUUUGGAAGGUUUAAGUACGGUUACAGUUACUGAAAUUAUUUCAAAUGAGACCGAAGAGAUCUUGCCUGUGUCAACCGUUCCAAAAGAACAACAAGCACUUGCGAACCUGUUGAGUAAAGAGGCUAUUGAAACCUUACAAGUUUUAACUGUAGGAAGUGCUGAAGACAUAACGGAACAUAUUAAAUUCGAAGAAAAACAAACAAAAGUAGAAGUUGAAGAAUUGUCAAGCGUAUCUGUUUCUGAGAUAAUCUUAAAUGAAACGGAAGAUGCAUUAUUACAGAAAGAAGUUCCAAAGGACCAAACGGCUCACUUAAAUAUAUCAGGUAGAGAAGCAGCCGAAACAACCGAAGUGUUGAUUAGCACCGAAACGCAAGAUCUAAGUACACAAGUACCGAAAGAAGAAAAAGGUAAAGCGGGCUUGGAGGAAUUAACGCCUUUAACUGUAUCACAAAUAGUUUUGAACGAGGCUGAAAAAACUUUGCCUACUGCAGAAAUGCCUUUGGAAAAAGUCGCUCAACCUAGCUUGCUUGGUAGAGAUAUCGCUCAAAUUAGUCAAGUAUUUACUAUGGCAAGCACCGAGGAAUUAAUAUCAUCCCAAGAGCCCGAAAAGCACAAAGGUAAACCAGGUUUAGAAGAGUUAUCUUCAUUAACAAUAUCCCAAAUAAUAUCUCAGGAAAUAGAAGAAACGAUGCCUAGUCCAGAAGUUCCUACUGAAAGAGAGGCGCAAGCAAAUAUUUUUGGCCGAGAUGUAGCCCAAACGAUGCAAGUAAUGACUGUGUCCAGUGCAGAACAAUUGGUUGAAUCCAAAAUACCCGAUGAGCAAAAAGGUAGUCCAAGUUUUGAAGAAUUGUCACCUCUAACUAUCUCGCAAAUAUUGUCUAACGAAAUGGAAGACGUAUUGGCGGUAAUAGAAAAGCCUGCGGAGAAAACAGCACAACCAAGUUUAUUUGGCAGAGAUGUGGCAGAGACAAGUCAGGUAUUAACCAUGACAAGUGCAGAAGAACUUACCAAAUUAAUUAAACCGGAAGAACAAAAAGGAAAGCCUCAGUUAGAGGAAUUGUCCUCUCUAUUAGUUUCCCAAGUAGUUUCUCAUGAAACUGAAGAUGUUUUACCAAGUCCAGAAGUACCAAGCAAAUUUAUGGCAACAUCUUUACUCUCCGGCAGAGAAGUUGCCGAAACCAGUCAAAUUCUAUCCGUGAGUAAUGUCGAAGAAAUGGGAAAACCUGAAAUGCCAAAAGAGCAAAAAGGUAAACCUCAUUUCGAAGAAUUAACAUCAGUAUCCGUAUGUCAAAUAGUGUCAAAUGAAUCAGAGGAAACUUUAAUAAGUCCAGAAAAACCUGAUGAAAAGAUAGCAAAAACAAAGUUACUUACCAGAGAAGUAGCCGAAAAAACUGAAAUCUUGACGGUCUCCAAUGUAGAAGAAAUGCCGAAACUGGAGAAACCUGAAAGCCAGAGAAGAAAACCAGAAGUAGAUGAAUUAAGUUCGCUCGUAGUCUCUGAAGUUAUUUUCAGUGAAGCAGAAAAAACUUUGCCAAGUCCAGAUGUACCCACGGAACGUAAGGCAUUUCCAAAUAUGUUAAGUAUCGAGGCCGCAGAAAUAUCUGAAGUAUUGACAGUAACAAAUGUAGAUCAAUUAGAAAAGCCAAAACUACCAGAAGAACAAAGAGGUAAACCGCAAUUAGAAGAAUUAAGUUCACUAUCAAUUUCAGAAGUUGCGACCAGUGAAAUAGAGAAAGGUCUUCCAACUCCAGAAGAACCAAUUAAGCAAAUUGCUCAACCUAGUUUAUUUGGCAUACAAGUUGCUCAAAAAUCUCAAGUCAUAACAUCAUCAACGACAGAAAGUCUUGCUGAAAGUACCAUACCGGAGGCUAAAACUAUAAUACCUGAACAGAUACCUUAUGAAAGUUUCGAAGAAAUGCAAAUGGUCCCACAGGAAAGCGAACGUAAUCUUGUUAUCGACAAAACGAUAUCACUGGCGACAGCUGAUGUUACUUUCCGUACGUCCGAAAGUUUUGAAGUAACACAAAUUGUGACAACUGAAAAAGAAAGUAAACAAGAAGUUAAAGAAAUGAUAAAGGAAGUUAGUGCAUUACCUGACGUUGUGAAAACAGAAGUUGCUCUAAAAACUGAAAUUCAUGUUGAAGAUACAGCUUCGGAGUUUAAAAUUACAAAGCCGGAAAGUAAAAAAGCACAUGAGCUUGAAGAACCGAAGAAAAGUAUCAUUGUCACAGAAUUGGAAAAUGUUGGAGAAUGUGAAUCAGUCUUGCUUGAAUCCGUAAUGCCAUUUACAAAGGUAGCAAAUGUCUCAAUUGAAGCUGAUCAUCUGAAAAAUGUAAUAGAAACAACAGAAGCACCAGUGCAACAUGACACCACAAUCACAUUACCACACAAAACAAAACACGAUUUAACACAACAACCAUCGUACGAAUCUGAUACUGAGGUGACAGAAGAAUACACAACGAAAUUUAGGCGUGGCAGCAAGGACGAAGAUACUGCAGCUAUUAAAACAAAGAAAACAAUUAUACGAAAGAAGAAACCAUUGGGAAAAGAAGAAGAAAAUGUUGUCGUUAUCGAAGAAGAAUUGGACAACAUUAAAUCGACCUUACCACAGAUACCGAAAAAACAAUUUAUGUCAAUAGAAGAAAUAACAGACAUUGUAGAUCAGGAAGAAAUAGUACCAACAAAAAUAGAGGAAAUAGAGGAUAUUCCACUUGAAGAAGAUAAACGGCCGGAUAAGCAAAGGAAAGUACCUAAAAGAAAAGAAAAGAAAGAACGCUUCGUAGAAGAAAUAACGACAGAAGAGCUAAUAGAAAAACCAUUUAGGACAGCUACUGAAAUAAAGCAAGAAGAAGAGACAAUAAAAGAAACAAUUACAACCAAACCAAAAAAGAAAAAAGUUACUGAGACCAUUGGAACUAAAGAAAGCGUACAAGUAACACAGGCAAUAACAGAAGAACAACUAAAAGAAAUUCCUCAAGAAAUAAUAGAAAUUGUAGAAACUCCUACAACAAGAGUAAUAACAAAGAAGAUAACUAAGAAAGAUCAACCUACAACUAUAACAAAAGAAACUGUAGAGAAAACGACGGAGGAGAAAAAGAUUAUGGAAGAUCAGAAGAUAAUUGAAAUAACUGAGACUCCAUUGAAGAAAGUAAUCAAAAAGAAAAAGACAAGAAUCACUGAAGCUGGUGUACCUGAGGAGGUAGUGGAAGAGAUCGUCAUAGAAAAACCAAAGGAAGAACAGGCAAAACCACUUUUGGAAGAGUUAGAGGAAGCUAAAGAAGAAAAGCCAGAAGUAAUCGAAGUUACAGAAACGCCAACAAAGAAAAUAAUAAAAAGGAAAAAGAAGCCAACGAAGAAAGGGGAGGCAACUGUGAUAACAGAAGAAAUUAUAGAGAAAACUGGAGAUGAAACAAAGAUCAUGGAAGAACAACAAAUUGUAGAAAUUAUAGAGACGCCAUUGAAAAAAGUAAUCAAAAAGAAAAAGACAAGAAUCACUGAAGCUGGUGUGCCUGAGGAAGUAGUGGAAGAGAUCGUCAUAGAAAAACCAAAGGAAGAACAGGCAAAACCACUUUUGGAAGAGUUAGAGGAAGCUAAAGUAGAAAAGCCAGAAGUAAUCGAAGUGACUGAAACGCCAACAAAGAAAAUAAUAAAAAGGAAAAAGAAGCCAACAAAGAAAGGGGAGCCGACUGUGAUAACAGAAGAAAUUAUAGAGAAAACUGGAGAUGAAACAAAGAUCAUGGAGGAACAACAAAUUGUAGAAAUUACAGAGACGCCAUUGAAGAAGAUAAUCAAAAAGAAAAAGACAAGAAUAACUAAAGCUGGUGUGCCUGAGGAGGUAGUGGAAGAGAUCGUCAUAGAAAAACCGAAGGAAGAACAGGCAAAACCACUUUUGGAAGAGUUAGAAGAAGCUAAAGAAGAAAAGCCAGAAGUAAUCGAAGUUACAGAAACGCCAACAAAGAAAAUAAUAAAAAGGAAAAAGAAGCCAACAAAGAAAGGGGAGGCAACUGUGAUAACAGAAGAAAUUAUAGAGAAAACUGGAGAUGAAACAAAGAUCCUGGAGGAACAACAAAUUGUAGAAAUUACAGAGACUCCAUUGAAGAAAGUAAUCAAAAAGAAAAAGACAAGAAUCACUGAAGCUGGUGUACCUGAGGAGGUAGUGGAAGAGAUCGUCAUAGAAAAACCAAAGGAAGAACAGGCAAAACCACUUUUAGAAGAAUUAGAGGAAGCUAAAGAAGAAAAGCCAGAAGUAAUCGAAGUGACUGAAACGCCAACAAAGAAAAUAAUAAAAAGGAAAAAGAAGCCAACAAAGAAAGGGGAGCCGACUGUGAUAACAGAAGAAAUUAUAGAGAAAACUGGAGAUGAAACAAAGAUCAUGGAGGAACAACAAAUUGUAGAAAUUACAGAGACGCCAUUGAAGAAGAUAAUCAAAAAGAAAAAGACAAGAAUAACUAAAGCUGGUGUGCCUGAGGAGGUAGUGGAAGAGAUCGUCAUAGAAAAACCGAAGGAAGAACAGGCAAAACCACUUUUGGAAGAGUUAGAAGAAGCUAAAGAAGAAAAGCCAGAAGUAAUCGAAGUUACAGAAACGCCAACAAAGAAAAUAAUAAAAAGGAAAAAGAAGCCAACAAAGAAAGGGGAGGCAACUGUGAUAACAGAAGAAAUUAUAGAGAAAACUGGAGAUGAAACAAAGAUCAUGGAGGAACAACAAAUUGUAGAAAUUACAGAGACUCCAUUGAAGAAAGUAAUCAAAAAGAAAAAGACAAGAAUCACUGAAGCUGGUGUACCUGAGGAGGUAGUGGAAGAGAUCGUCAUAGAAAAACCAAAGGAAGAACAGGCAAAACCACUUUUAGAAGAAUUAGAGGAAGCUAAAGAAGAAAAGCCAGAAGUAAUCGAAGUGACUGAAACGCCAACAAAGAAAAUAAUAAAAAGGAAAAAGAAGCCAACAAAGAAAGGGGAGGCAACUGUGAUAACAGAAGAAAUUAUAGAGAAAACUGGAGAUGAGACAAAGAUCAUGGAGGAACAACAAAUUGUAGAAAUAACUGAGACUCCAUUGAAGAAAGUAAUCAAAAAGAAAAAGACAAGAAUCACUGAAGCUGGUGUACCUGAGGAGGUAGUGGAAGAGAUCGUCAUAGAAAAACCAAAGGAAGAACAGGCAAAACCACUUUUGGAAGAGUUAGAGGAAGCUAAAGAAGAAAAGCCAGAAGUAAUCGAAGUUACAGAAACGCCAACAAAGAAAAUAAUAAAAAGGAAAAAGAAGCCAACGAAGAAAGGGGAGGCAACUGUGAUAACAGAAGAAAUUAUAGAGAAAACUGGAGAUGAAACAAAGAUCAUGGAAGAACAACAAAUUGUAGAAAUUACAGAGACGCCAUUGAAGAAGAUAAUCAAAAAGAAAAAGACAAGAAUCACUGAAGCUGGUGUACCUGAGGAGGUAGUGGAAGAGAUCGUCAUAGAAAAACCAAAGGAAGAACAGGCAAAACCACUUUUAGAAGAGUUAGAGGAAGCUAAAGUAGAAAAGCCAGAAGUAAUCGAAGUUACAGAAACGCCAACAAAGAAAAUAAUAAAAAGGAAAAAGAAGCCAACAAAGAAAGGGGAGCCGACUGUGAUAACAGAAGAAAUUAUAGAGAAAACUGGAGAUGAGACAAAGAUCAUGGAGGAACAACAAAUUGUAGAAAUUACAGAGACGCCAUUGAAGAAGGUAAUCAAAAAGAAAAAGACAAGAAUAACUAAAGCUGGUGUGCCUGAGGAAGUGAUAGAAGAAUUGGUCAUAGAAAAACCAAAAGAAGAACAGGCGAAACCACUUUUGGAAGAAUUACAGGAAGCUAAAGAAGAAAAGCCAGACGUAAUCGAAAUUACAGAAACGCCAACAAAGAAAAUAAUAAAAAGGAAAAAGAAGCCAACAAAGAAAGGAGAGCCGACUGUGAUAACAGAAGAAAUUAUAGAGAAAACUGGAGAUGAAACAAAGAUCAUGGAAGAACAACAAAUUGUAGAAAUUACAGAGACGCCAUUGAAGAAGAUAAUCAAAAAGAAAAAGACAAGAAUCACUGAAGCUGGUGUGCCUGAGGAAGUAGUGGAAGAGAUCGUCAUAGAAAAACCAAAGGAAGAACAGGCAAAACCACUUUUAGAAGAGUUAGAGGAAGCUAAAGUAGAAAAGCCAGAAGUAAUCGAAGUUACAGAAACGCCAACAAAGAAAAUAAUAAAAAGGAAAAAGAAGCCAACAAAGAAAGGGGAGGCAACUGUGAUAACAGAAGAAAUUAUAGAGAAAACUGGAGAUGAAACAAAGAUCAUGGAAGAACAACAAAUUGUAGAAAUUACUGAGACGCCAUUGAAAAAAGUAAUCAAAAAGAAAAAGACAAGAAUCACUGAAGCUGGUGUGCCUGAGGAAGUAGUGGAAGAGAUCGUCAUAGAAAAACCAAAGGAAGAACAGGCAGAACCACUUUUGGAAGAGUUAGAGGAAGCUAAAGUAGAAAAGCCAGAAGUAAUCGAAGUUACAGAAACGCCAACAAAGAAAAUAAUAAAGAGAAAAAAGAAGCCAACAAAGAAAGGGGAGGCAACUGUGAUAACAGAAGAGAUUAUAGAGAAAACUGGAGAUGAAACGAAGAUCAUGGAGGAACAACAAAUUGUGGAAAUUACCGAGACGCCAUUGAAGAAGAUAAUCAAAAAGAAAAAGACAAGAAUCACUGAAGCUGGUGUGCCUGAGGAAGUAGUGGAAGAGAUCGUCAUAGAAAAACCAAAGGAAGAACAGGCAAAACCACUUUUGGAAGAGUUAGAGGAAGCUAAAGUAGAAAAGCCAGAAGUAAUCGAAGUGACUGAAACGCCAACAAAGAAAAUAAUAAAAAGGAAAAAGAAGCCAACAAAGAAAGGGGAGCCGACUGUGAUAACAGAAGAAAUUAUAGAGAAAACUGGAGAUGAAACAAAGAUCAUGGAAGAACAACAAAUUGUAGAAAUUACAGAGACGCCAUUGAAAAAAGUAAUCAAAAAGAAAAAGACAAGAAUCACUGAAGCUGGUGUGCCUGAGGAAGUAGUGGAAGAGAUCGUCAUAGAAAAACCAAAGGAAGAACAGGCAAAACCACUUUUAGAAGAAUUAGAGGAAGCUAAAGAAGAAAAGCCAGAAGUAAUCGAAGUGACUGAAACGCCAACAAAGAAAAUAAUAAAAAGGAAAAAGAAGCCAACAAAGAAAGGGGAGCCGACUGUGAUAACAGAAGAAAUUAUAGAGAAAACUGGAGAUGAAACAAAGAUCAUGGAGGAACAACAAAUUGUAGAAAUUACAGAGACUCCAUUGAAGAAAGUAAUCAAAAAGAAAAAGACAAGAAUCACUGAAGCUGGUGUACCUGAGGAGGUAGUGGAAGAGAUCGUCAUAGAAAAACCAAAGGAAGAACAGGCAAAACCACUUUUAGAAGAAUUAGAGGAAGCUAAAGAAGAAAAGCCAGAAGUAAUCGAAGUGACUGAAACGCCAACAAAGAAAAUAAUAAAAAGGAAAAAGAAGCCAACAAAGAAAGGGGAGGCAACUGUGAUAACAGAAGAAAUUAUAGAGAAAACUGGAGAUGAGACAAAGAUCAUGGAGGAACAACAAAUUGUAGAAAUUACAGAGACGCCAUUGAAGAAGAUAAUCAAAAAGAAAAAGACAAGAAUAACUAAAGCUGGUGUGCCUGAGGAAGUGAUAGAAGAAUUGGUCAUAGAAAAACCAAAGGAAGAACAGGCAAAACCACUCUUGGAAGAGUUAGAGGAAGCUAAAGAAGAAAAGCCAGAAGUAAUCGAAGUGACUGAAACGCCAACAAAGAAAAUAAUAAAAAGGAAAAAGAAGCCAACAAAGAAAGGGGAGCCGACUGUGAUGACAGAAGAAAUUAUAGAGAAAACUGGAGAUGAGACAAAGAUCAUGGAGGAACAACAAAUUGUAGAAAUUACAGAGACGCCAUUGAAGAAGAUAAUCAAAAAGAAAAAGACAAGAAUCACUGAAGCUGGUGUACCUGAGGAGGUAGUGGAAGAGAUCGUCAUAGAAAAACCAAAGGAAGAACAGGCAAAACCACUUUUAGAAGAGUUAGAGGAAGCUAAAGUAGAAAAGCCAGAAGUAAUCGAAGUUACAGAAACGCCAACAAAGAAAAUAAUAAAAAGGAAAAAGAAGCCAACAAAGAAAGGGGAGCCGACUGUGAUAACAGAAGAAAUUAUAGAGAAAACUGGAGAUGAGACAAAGAUCAUGGAGGAACAACAAAUUGUAGAAAUUACAGAGACGCCAUUGAAGAAGGUAAUCAAAAAGAAAAAGACAAGAAUCACUGAAGCUGGUGUACCUGAGGAGGUAGUGGAAGAGAUCGUCAUAGAAAAACCGAAGGAAGAACAGGCAAAACCACUUUUGGAAGAGUUAGAAGAAGCUAAAGAAGAAAAGCCAGAAGUAAUCGAAGUGACUGAAACGCCAACAAAGAAAAUAAUAAAGAGGAAAAAGAAGCCAACAAAGAAAGGGGAGCCGACUGUGAUAACAGAAGAAAUUAUAGAGAAAACUGGAGAUGAAACAAAGAUCAUGGAGGAACAACAAAUUGUAGAAAUUACAGAGACGCCAUUGAAGAAAGUAAUCAAAAAGAAAAAGACAAGAAUCACUGAAGCUGGUGUACCUGAGGAAGUAGUGGAAGAGAUCGUAAUAGAAAAGCCAAAAGAUGAACGGCUUAUACCUAUUACCGAUGUAGACGAAUCUAUAAAAAUUUCGGAAGUUCAAAUUGCAGAAGCCGUUGAUGUAAAUGCGGAGGUGUUUAUACAAAAAGACGUAGAUGAAGUUCCUCGUUUAAAGAAGAAGAAGAAGAAAGUUCCUAAGAAGGAUGAAAUAGAGGAGUGGAUAGAACCGGAAUAUGAAAAACCGAUUUUAGAACCAUUGCCGGAGAAUAUAGAGAGAGUUCCAAAAAAGAAGAAAGAAAAGAAACCGCUUUCUCCAGAGUUACAAAAAUUGAUACCACAGAAAAUAGAAAGGAAAGAAAUAAAACCGACAAAAUUGCAAUAUUCGAAACCUGAAGAAGUUGUUCAAAUUGGUACAAUAAAAUUGCGGAAAGUUACAGUACCAAAGAAGAAAGAACCUAAAGUAGCAAAAAUACCAAAGAUUUUAUUGCGUAGCAGGAUUACGUUUAUUGGUGAUUAUCCACCAGAAUUGCAAAAACCAAAGCUUACGCUUCUUGAGGAAAAUCCUGUUCAAGUUGGUAUUCUUUCAAGGAAUGCGGAAGAAGCACUUAAAGUAUUAAAGAAAAAGAUUAAAAAACCCAAAUUACCAGAAAAAGAAAUAACGGAAUUAGAAAAACUGGAUAAGGAAUUUGAGAAAUUGAAGGAGAUUCCUUUAGAGGAAAUAGAAGAUAAGUCAGUAUAUGAACGUAAGCCGAAGAAAAAGACGGAAGAACCAGAGAAACCACAAAAAUUGGUUAUACAAAAAGGUAAGGUUCCUGCACAAGAAGAACCACAACCUGAAGAGAUUAGAUUAAAGAAAAUACCCGUUAAAGAAAUAGAAGAAAUCGAAGAGACUCCAAAGAAACCAGUAAAAGAAGCUGCAGAAACAAAAGAACCUAAAGAAAAGAAACGAAAGCCCAAAACAAAACUUGAGCAUGAAGAAUUUAAACCUACUGAAUUUGACAGGCCAGAGCUUGAAAAGUAUGUACCUGAAGAAGUUGAAAAACCAGAAGAGCCUCAACCAGAACCUACACCAAAGCCUUAUGUUAAAGAGAAACGAAAGAAACCUGAUCAAGAAAUCGAAGAAAUCCCAUUAAUCCCAGGAAAACCGAAACCUCCAGAGCCAAAAGAAGAACCCGAAGUAAAGUUCCGAAUACCACAAAAAGAAAAACCAGAAGAAGAACCAGAAACUAUAAAAUUGAAAGGUUGGAAGAAAGAAAAGCCAGAAGAUGAAGGCCCGGAAAAAUUCCCAAGUAUAAAAGCCGAAGUUCUUCCUGAACAUCCGAAAGAUGAAAUAGAUGAAGAUAUAACAAUACGUAAAACGAAGUUGAAAAAACCUAAGAAAAAAGUUGCUCCAGAUGAAUCACCUGAUGAGCAUUUGAUAGAACAAAUUCCUGCCCUAGAGGAAAGUCCAAAAGAUAUUACAGUAACCUUAGAUAAAUCUGAAGACAUUGAGAAAGAAGAAGAAUUAAGUGUACCAGAGGAAGUAAAGGAGAAACCUGUUGCUAAAAAGAAGAAAAAGAAAAUUCCUAAGAAAGAUGAAAUAGAAGAGUGGGUAGAACCAGAAUAUGAAAGACCUGUGUUAGAACCCAUGCCAGAAAAGAUACAAUGGGAACCGACGAAGAAGAAGAAAGAGAAAAAACCGCUACCUCCAGAGCUUCAGAAAUUAGUACCACAAAAAAUAGAAAGAAAGGAAAUAAAACCAACAAAAUUGAAAUAUAUGGAGCCACAAGAUGUCGUACAAUUCGGCUCAAUAAAAUUGAAAAAAGUAGCAGUGCCAAAGAAAAAGGAUAGUACAGUAGCAAAAAUUCCAAAAGUCUUAUUACGCAGUUGGAUCACAUUUAUUGGUGACUAUCCACCAGAAUUGCAAAAACCAAAGCUUACGCUUCUUGAGGAAAAUCCUGUUCAAGUUGGUAUUCUAUCCAGAAAUACAGAAGAAGCAUUAAAGCUAUUAAAGAUAAAAUAUAAAAAACCCAAAUUACCAGAAAAAGAAAUAACGGAAUUAGAAAAACUGGAUAAGGAAUUUGAGAAAUUGAAGGAGAUUCCUUUAGAGGAAAUAGAAGAUAAGUCAGUAUAUGAACGUAAGCCGAAGAAAAAGACGGAAGAACCAGAGAAACCACAAAAAUUGGUUAUACAAAAAGGUAAGGUUCCUGCACAAGAAGAACCACAACCUGAAGAGAUUAAAUUAAAGAAAAUACCCGUUAAAGAAAUAGAAGAAAUCGAAGAGAUUCCAAAGAAACCAGUAAAAGAAGAUACAGAGACAAAAGAACCUAAAGAAAAGAAACGAAAGCCCAAAACAAAACUUGAGCAUGAAGAAUUCAAACCUACUGAAUUUGACAGGCCAGAGCUUGAAAAGUAUGUACCUGAAGAAGUUGAAAAACCAGAAGAGCCUCAACCAGAACCUACACCAAAGCCUUAUGUUAAAGAGAAACGAAAGAAACCUGAUCAAGAAAUCGAAGAAAUCCCAUUAAUCCCAGGAAAACCGAAACCUCCAGAACCAAAAGAAGAACCCGAAGUAAAGUUCCGAAUACCACAAAAAGAAAAACCAGAAGAAGAACCAGAAACUAUAAAAUUAAAAGGUUGGAAGAAAGAAAAGCCAGAAGAUGAAGGCCCGGAAAAAUUCCCAAGUAUAAAAGCCGAAACUCUUCCUGAACAUCCGAAAGAUGAAAUAGAUGAAGAUAUAACAAAACGUAAAACGAAGCUGAAAAAACCUAAGAAAAAAGCUGUCCCGGAAGAAAUGGUUGAUGAAGAGACAAAACCGGAUUUAUCUCCAGUAGAAAAAGAACAGACUGUCGUUAUGGUAGAGAAAGUUCCUACUGAAGAAGAAAAACCCAAAGAAAUUGAACAAGUGGAAGAUACUACUACAGAAGAAAUUGUAGAAAAGGUAGUGGUAAGGAAGAAAAAGAAAAAGGUUGAUGAUUUAUCAGAAAAAGAGGAAAAAGUAAAUGGCAUCCCGUUAGGUAAGGAUGAAAUAAUGGAAGUUGCAGAUAUUAUCACUUUAGUGGAACAUAAAGACACGUUAAAUAAAGACAAAACUGUACCACUCUUAACAGCUUUAACUGAUGAUAUAGAAGACACUACACCAGAAACACACGAUAGACCAAAAUACACAAGACCGUUAAAACCUAAAACUGAUGAAAUCGUAUCAGGAGAUAUUGUAGAGAAGACAACAGAAGAGGAAAUUCAGGAAGAAAUUAUCGAAGAAACUCCUAUUAAAAAAGUUGUUAAAAAGAAGAAAAAGCCACAGAAAGUAACCGAUGAAGUCACGGAGGAAAUCGUUGAAGAAUUAAUAAUAGAAAAACCUAAGAAAGAGAAAGUUCAACCUGUCACGGAUGUAACGGAAAGUGCUCAAAUUACAGAAAUUAAAAUAGAAGCUCCUCAAACGAAAGAAGAAACUCUUAUCAUAGAAGAGGAGGAAAUAAUAGAAUCUCCAACGCGUAAAAUUAUAAGAAAGAAAGUUAAACCAAAAUCAAAAGAAAAAGAAGAACAGGUUAUUGAAGAGAUUUUGGAAAAACCAUUAGAAAAGAUAUCGACCAUAGAAAAGAAAGGUAUUGUAGAAAUUGUAGAAACACCUUCGAAGAAAAUCAUUAGGAAGAAAACAACUGUUAUAAAAGACGAUGGUAUUCCAGAGGAAGUGAUAGAAGAGUUUGUUAUAGAAAAACCAAAGGAGGAAAAGGCUAAGCCCAUCGUAGAAGAAGAAAAGAAAGCUAUGGAACAAAUAGUUGAAGUUAUUGAAACUCCAACAAAGAAAGUAAUUAAAAAGCAAAAACCAGCAAAGAAAGAUGAGUCCAUCAUUGUUACCCAGGAAGUAAUAGAAAAAACAGCUGAUGAAGCCAAAAUUAUGGAGGAGCAACAGAUAAUAGAGAUCACUGAAACACCAUCGAAAAAAGUAAUAAAAAAGAAAAAGAGCACGAUUACAGAAUCUGGAAUACCUGAAGAACGAAUUGAAGAAAUUGUUAUCCAAAAACCUAUCACUGCAAAAGCAUUGGAGGAAAUUGUGUCAAAGGAAGGUAUACAAAUAAUAGAAAUAAUAACAGGAUCUUAUAUAGAAGAGCUACCACAGCAAGAAACAAUUUCCCCAGAGGAAGCAACACAAACUGAGCUUAAGGAAGAAAAAGUCAAGGUAACCGAUAUUACUAUUAAAAGAGCACCAAAGAAAAAGAAGAAAGCAGAUGAUAUACAAGAACAAAUAGUAGAGGAACGGGUUGAAGAAAUAGUUUCGAAAAAACCAGAAAAGGAAAAAAUUUCUCCUACCAUUACAACAGAAGACAGCAUACAAGUAACCGAAACAAUAUCAGAAGAUACGACGCAACAAAUUCCAGAAUUAAAAGUUAAGAAAGAUGUUGCAAAACCAGAAGAAACUAUUGAAGAAAAAAUUAAAGUGGAUAAGAUUUUAGUAAUGAAGGUUCCAAAGGAAACGCAAGAAGAUGUAUUAGAAAUGAGUGAAGUUCCACUCCAAAUAGAAAAAUCAAAGGAAGAGCAAGUUUCUGUUAUUGAAGAAGAAGAAGCAAAAGAAAUUGCAAAGACUACAAAGGUUUCUACUGAAACAGCACCCAAGAAAUCGAAAGUUAAAGAAGUCAAAGAACAACCGCAAGAACAAGCAAUAGAAGACAUUUCUUCUGAAAAAGUUGCCAAGAAAAAAGCUAAAAAAAUACUCCCUACUCCAUUAGAUGAAAAGAAAGCUGUGGAAAAAGAAGAGGAGAAACCGGAAGAAACAAUUCAAGCAAUAGAAUUGAAAAAAGCAAAACCAGAAAAAGCAACGCCUGAAGUUAUUCCUAUAGAAGGUAUUGAGAUAACAGAAAUAACGACAGAAAUAACUUCACAAGAGUUACCUGAAGAACAAGUGCAAACAGAUCAAGCUCAUCCAAUAUUGAAGAAAGAGGAAAAAGUUAAAGUAACAAAAACACAUGUUCAGAAGUAUCCCAAGAAGCAGAAGGAAGAACAACAAGAGGAUACUGUAGAAGAACUUAAACUGGAUAAACGAAUCGAAGAAAAACCGAAGACAACAAUCAUAAUGCAAGAAAGUAUAGAAACGACAGAAGUGUUUCCGGACACAAGGACAAGUGAAAUGCCAACAGAGGAGAAACCAAAGAAAGAAAAAGGACUUCCGAUUGAAGAAAAACCAGAGGAAAAGCCUGAAGUAACAAAAGUUUCUGUAAAGGAGGCACCUAAAAAGAAAAUUUCACUACCCGAGAAGGAAGAAAAACCGGAUGUUAUUCCUAUAAAAGAAGAUCUCCCUAAAUCAGUCGAUAAACAAGAUGUAACAGUCCAACCAGAAAAACCAAAAGAAAUAGAGAAAGAAGAAGAAAAGAUUGUAAAGGAGGAAGUAAAAGAGAAACCUGUCGCAAAAAAGAAGAAAAAGAAAAUUCCUAAGAAAGAUGAAAUAGAAGAGUGGGUAGAACCAGAAUAUGAAAGACCUGUGUUAGAACCCAUGCCAGAAAAGAUACAAUGGGAACCGACGAAGAAGAAGAAAGAGAAAAAACCGCUACCUCCAGAGCUUCAGAAAUUAGUACCACAAAAAAUAGAAAGAAAGGAAAUAAAACCAACAAAAUUGAAAUAUAUGGAGCCACAAGAUGUCGUACAAUUCGGCUCAAUAAAAUUGAAAAAAGUAGCAGUGCCAAAGAAAAAGGAUAGUAUAGCAGCACAAAUUCCAAAAGUCUUAUUACGCAGUUGGAUCACAUUUAUUGGUGACUAUCCACCAGAAUUGCAAAAACCAAAGAUUACGCUUCUUGAGGAAAAUCCUGUUCAAGUUGGUAUUCUAUCCAGAAAUACAGAAGAAGCAUUAAAGCUAUUAAAGAUAAAAUAUAAAAAACCCAAAUUACCAGAAAAAGAAAUAACGGAAUUAGAAAAACUGGAUAAGGAAUUUGAGAAAUUGAAGGAGAUUCCUUUAGAGGAAAUAGAAGAUAAGUCAGUAUAUGAACGUAAGCCGAAGAAAAAGACGGAAGAACCAGAGAAACCACAAAAAUUGGUUAUACAAAAAGGUAAGGUUCCUGCACAGGAAGAACCACAACCUGAAGAGAUUAAAUUAAAGAAAAUACCCGUUAAAGAAAUAGAAGAAAUCGAAGAGAUUCCAAAGAAACCAGUAAAAGAAGAUACAGAGACAAAAGAACCUAAAGAAAAGAAACGAAAGCCUAAAAUGAAACUUGAGCCCGAAGAAUUUAAACCUACUGAAUUUGACAGGCCAGAGCUCGAAAAAUAUGUACCUGAAGAAGUUGAAAAACCAGAAGAGCCACAACCAGAACCUACACCAAAGCCUUAUGUUAAAGAGGAACGAAAGAAACCUGAUCAAGAAAUCGAACAAAUCCCAUUAAUCCCAGGAAAACCGAAACCUUCAGAGCCAGAAGAAGAACCGGAAGUAAAGUUCCGAAUACCACAAAAAGAAAAACCAGAAGAAGAACCAGAAACUAUAAAAUUAAAAGGUUGGAAGAAAGAAAAGCCAGAAGAUGAAGGUACAGAGCAAUUCCCCAGCAAAGAAAAGGAAGUUGCCCCUAAACUUCCUGAAGACGAAACAGAAGAGAUUAUUGUAAAGCCUAAAGCCAAGCUAAAGAAACCUAAAAAGAAGCCCGCAGAAGAAGAAUUACAGGAAGAAGUAACGAUUAAAAAACCUGUUGUUGUCGAAGAGGAAAAAGAAGAGAUAACAGAGGAAGUUACAUUGAAGAAAAAACCGAAAGAAAAGCCGGCUCUGGAAGAAAUGGCUGAAGAAAUAGUUUUGAAAAAACCUAAAGAAGAAGAAAAAACUCCAGAAGUAAUAUCUGAAGAGGUAGCAAUAAAGAAAAAACCAAAGAAGAAACCAAUAACUGAAGAAGCAGCGGAUGAGGUUACAAUCAAGAAGCCUGUUGUUGUGGAAGAGGAAAAAGAAGAAAUAGUAGAGGAAAUUAAGUUAAAGAAGAAACCAAAGAAAGAGCCUGUGCCUGAAGAAGUAACUGAAGAAGUUGUCUUGAAAAAACCAGAACCUAAAAAAGAAGAGAAAGCUCCUGAAGAGGUAACUGAAGAAGUAGCCAUAAAGAAAAAACCAAAGAAGAAACCUGUAACUGAAGAAGCAGCGGAUGAGGUGACGAUUGAGAAACCUGUUGUUAUCGAAGAGGAAAAAGAAGAAAUAGUAGAGGAAAUUAAGUUAAAGAAGAAACCAAAGAAAGAGCCUGUGCCUGAAGAAGUAACUGAAGAAGUUGUCUUGAAAAAACCAGAACCUAAAAAAGAAGAGAAAGCUCCUGAAGAGGUAACUGAAGAAGUAGCCAUAAAGAAAAAACCAAAGAAGAAACCUGUAACUGAAGAAGCAGCGGAUGAGGUGACGAUUGAGAAACCUGUUGUUAUCGAAGAGGAAAAAGAAGAAAUAGUAGAGGAAAUUAAGUUAAAGAAGAAACCAAAGAAAGAGCCUGUGCCUGAAGAAGUAACUGAAGAAGUUGUUUUGAAAAAACCAGAACCUAAAAAAGAAGAAAAGGUUCCUGAAGAGGUAACUGAAGAAGUGGCCAUAAAGAAAAAACCAAAGAAGAAACCAGUAACUGAAGAAGCAGCGGAUGAGGUUACAAUCAAGAAGCCUGUUGUUGUUGAAGAGAAAAAGGAAGAAGUAGUAGAAGAAAUUACGUUAAAGAAGAAACCAAAGAAAGAGCCUGUGCCUGAAGAAGUAACUGAAGAAGUUGUCUUGAAAAAACCAGAACCUAAAAAAGAAGAAAAGGCUCCUGAAGAGGUAACUGAAGAAGUGGCCAUAAAGAAAAAACCAAAGAAGAAACCAGUAACUGAAGAAGCAGCGGAUGAGGUUACAAUCAAGAAGCCUGUUGUUGUUGAAGAGAAAAAGGAAGAAGUAGUAGAAGAAAUUACGUUAAAGAAGAAACCAAAGAAAGAGCCUGUGCCUGAAGAAGUAACUGAAGAAGUUGUCUUGAAAAAACCAGAACCUAAAAAAGAAGAAAAGGCUCCUGAAGAGGUAACUGAAGAAGUGGCCAUAAAGAAAAAACCAAAGAAGAAACCAGUAACUGAAGAAGCAGCGGAUGAGGUUACAAUUAAGAAGCCUGUUGUUGUGGAAGAGGAAAAGGAAGAAGUAGUAGAAGAAAUUACGUUAAAGAAAAAACCAAAGAAAGUGCCUGUGCCUGAAGAAGUAACUGAAGAAGUUGUCUUGAAAAAACCAGAACCUAAAAAAGAAGAGAAAGCUCCUGAAGAGGUAACUGAAGAAGUGGCCAUAAAGAAAAAACCAAAGAAGAAACCAGUAACUGAAGAAGCAGCGGAUGAGGUUACAAUUAAGAAGCCUGUUGUUGUGGAAGAAGAAAAGGAAGAAGUAGUAGAAGAAAUUACGUUAAAGAAAAAACCAAAGAAAGUGCCUGUGCCUGAAGAAGUAACUGAAGAAGUUGUCUUGAAAAAACCAGAACCUAAAAAAGAAGAAAAGGCUCCUGAAGAGGUAACUGAAGAAGUGGCGAUAAAGAAAAAACCAAAGAAGAAACCAGUAACUGAAGAAGCAGCGGAUGAGGUUACAAUCAAGAAGCCUGUUGUUGUAGAAAAAGAAAAAGAUGAUGAAACUGUAGAGGAGAUUACUUUGAAGAGAAAACCAAAGAAAAAAUCGUCUGUAAGCGAAGAUGUUGAAGAAACUGAGGUAAUUAUAAAGAAAGUUGAGAAACCAAUAGAAAAGGAUGAAGUACGUACUGAUAUAACGUUAAAGAAAAAGAAAGAAGUUAAACCUAAAGUAGAAGAAGUUGGAGCAGAUGAAUUGACGAUCCAACGAACGGAAGAAAUCGAAGUACCAGAGGAAGAAGAAUUGAUCGGAGAAUUUACGUUCAAACGUAAACCGCCGAAACAAGCACCUAAACCAAUUGAAGAAUUGUACGAAGAUGUUACAUUACGUAAAUUACGUCCAAAGAGGAAACCGAGAACCGACAUUAAAGAAGUUACUGAAAUAGAAAAUGUGACAUUCAGACCACGUCGAACGAAAACUAAAGAAGAUGUUGAGCAAGAGUUUAAAAUCUCAUUGAACACAUAUGAAGAAGAAGAUAUUUCGAUGUCCGGUAAAGUUCGCCUAAAACCGAAAAAACGUGAAAUGACAUAUUCAGAAGAAACUGGAGAAGAAACAAUACGACUUAUUCAAGAAGUUGAAGAUGACUCUGGUCCUAUCAUAGAAGAAAUCAUUGAUGAAUCUGAUGAAGAAGAUAAAGAACAAUAUAGUAUCGAAGAACUUGAAACCGAUGAACUAAAACUUCCUUUGAGGAGGAAAGUAAAGAAACAACCUCGUCCAUACUCUGUAGAAGAAUUCGAAGAAGCGGAUGUUAAAAUGAAAUUGAAACGUGAACGAAAAUAUUCUUAUGAGGAAACAGAUGAAACCUUGGCUUUGAAAUUAAAAGCUAAAAGACGACCAUCUACUUACGAAGAAGAAGAAGCAACACUUAGCAUCACCAGAGAAGAAGAUAUUUUCGAAGAAGAAGUGGAAUAUGUUGUUCGUGAUGGCGAUACGAUGUACUCAAUUUGUUCAUACGUAGCUGAAACAGAUGAAGCAAUUAAUCUUGUUGAAGGUGAAAAAGUAUAUAUAAUCGAUCAUACAAAUCAAGACUGGUGGUUUGUAAAGAAAAACUUAACGGAAGAAAAAGGAUGGGUGCCAGCGCAAUAUCUGUUAGAUGAAGUACAUUAUACGUUAUAUUUACAACGUAAAUUACAUGAAAAGAUCGACAAAUUACCUGUAUUUGAAAAACCAGCACCGGGAGAGAAGGCAUCUGCCCCAAGAUUUAUUGAGAAAUUACAACCAAUUCAUACACCAGAUGGAUAUACAGUACAAUUCGAAUGUCAAGUAGAAGGUGUGCCAAGACCUCAAAUAACUUGGUUCCGUCAAACAGCCAUUAUUAAACCAUCACCAGACUUCCAAAUUUAUUAUGAUGAUGAUAAUGUAGCAACUUUGAUUAUCAGAGAAGUGUUCCCUGAAGAUGCAGGUACCUUUACUUGCGUUGCCAAGAAUACUGCAGGAUUUGCAUCUAGCACAACGGAAUUAGUAGUAGAAGCUCCUUUAUCUGACCAUGGAUCAGAUUUAACUGGACCAUCCAGAAAAAGUUUGUCAAGAGAAUCUUCUCUGGUUGACAUUCUCGAAGGAAUUCCACCAACUUUCUCUCGAAAACCUAAAGCAAAAUAUGUUGAUGAAGGUGAUGAUGUGAUACUUGAAAGUCGUCUGGUAGCCGUACCAGAACCUGAAAUCAUAUGGUAUUAUAAGGACACACAACUUACUACCAAGGAAAAUAUCGUCAUUGCAAGCGAAAGUGAUAUGCACAUGUAUUGUAGCGUAGUUAAAAUUUCAAAAGUUCAGAAGAAACAGGAAGGAAAUUAUAAAAUCGUUGCUAAGAAUAGAGAGGGUGAAGCUACCAUCGAAAUACCUUUAAAAGUGAAAACUAGCAAUCAGGAACCACCAGAAAUAUUAGAACCAUUACAAUCGUAUGUUGUACGAGAAGGAGAAACUGUUAUGUUAUCUACUCAAAUUGUUGGUAAUCCAGCACCAAAAGUAGUAUGGUAUAAAAAUGGAAAGCCACUUAAAGAUCUAACACCACAGCAAGAUGGUCAUAUAAAUACAUUGACUAUAAUCCAGCCACAAUUAAAAGAUACGGGAGAAUAUUCUGUUGUAGCUACUAAUAAUAUUGGCAAAGCUGAGACUCAAUCAACAUUGGUGGUUGAAAUGACUCCACAUCUCAAGCCUUUCUUGCUUAUUAACAUUGAACAGCAAAAAGAAGAAUUCUCUAUCUUAUCUUCUAAGGAAAUACCAAGUGGUGCUCCUGAGCCACCAUUAUUCACUGAAAGAUUCCAAGAACUUACAGUACCUGAAAAGGGUACGUUCAAACUCGUUGCAAAAGUCACUGGAAAUCCUAUUCCAGAAAUAACUUGGUUAAGAAAUAAUGAGCCAUUAGAAAAAUCACCAAACAUAAUAAGGAGCUACGAUGGAGAAAACAUUGUUCUUGAGAUUAGAAAUGCUGAUUCAGAGACAGAUGCUGGUGAUUAUAAAUGUGUUGCUAGUAAUUCGAUUGGAAAGGCUUCACAUGGAGCUAAAGUUACGGUGGACGUCGAUAAAGUCACAUUUACAAAGAAAUUAAAAGAAAAAGUCACUGUUGACGAAUAUAAAAUGUUGGAACUUACAUGUGAAACCUCUCAUACAGUAUCCACUACGUGGUGGCAUAAUGAAAAAGAAAUCAGUGGUAUGGAUCAUCGUGAAAUUAUUCAGGAAGGGCGAGUACAUAAGUUAGUCAUCAAAAAGACAAAUGCAAUAGAUGAAGGUACAUACAAGUGUACUGUCAAAAAUCAGACAACGUCUAGCACUGUUACUGUGAAACCUGCUAAGCCUGAAUUUACAAGAAAGUUACAAGACUUCGAGGUCAAGGAACGUGAAAUAGCAAUAUUAGAAGUUGAAAUAACAUCUGAGACUGUAGAUGUUGAAUGGUAUAAAGAUGGAGUACCACUGAAACCAAGUACCAAUGAAAAACUAGAAUUUGUAAAAGAAGGCACCAUAAGAAAAUUACUUAUCAGAAGUACAUCAGUGCAUGAUGAAGGAGAAUAUACAUGUACAUUGCUUAAUCAACAAUGUACAGCUGAAGUUACCGUUGUUGAAUUACCACCAGAAAUCAUUACUAAGAUGCAUGAUGUGACAAUAGCUAGAGGAGAGAAAGCAAUUUUCGACAUUGAGUUAACCAAAGGUGAUGCAUUAGUGCGUUGGUUUAAGGAUAAUCAGGAAUUACAGUUUUCUGAACAUGUGCAACUUUCUAUCGAUGGCAAGAGGCAAAAAUUGAAGAUUUACGAUUCAGAACCUGAAGAUGCAGGUGUCUACUCUUGUCAAGUUGGAGAACAAACAUCUUCAGCUAAAUUAACUGUUGAAGAACCUGGUGUAGAUUUUAUUGCCAAAUUACCAGAUGUUACAUUGGUACCAGUGAAUGAAGACGCUUCCUUCUUAAUCGAAAUAUCCCAAUCAAAUAUUCCAGUCACAUGGUUAAGAAAAGGAGAAAUCAUUAGAGAAUCAGAAAAAUAUAUUAUUAUUGACGAGGGUAAUAUAAAGAAACUCAUUGUGAAGAAAUGUACAACAGAAGAUAUUGCAGAAUAUACAGCUGUUGUAACGAAUGUAAAAACAUCAUCAAGAUUAAAAGUUGAAGUCAUAGAAACACCUCCGAAAAUUAACCCGGACACUCAGACAAAAUACACAGUGAACAAAGACGAUGACAUCGAAAUUAUCGUCAAAUUCACAGCAACACCAAUGCCAACAGAUGAAUGGACUGUUGAUGGUCGCAUUGUUACAAAAUCUAAGAGAAUCACUCCUUCGAUAGAUGAGGAAUCUGCUGUUUUAACUAUUACAAAAGUGCAGGAAGAAGAUAUUGGUGAUUACAACUUGAGACUCUUCAAUCCACAUGGUGAUGCUUCUAUAGUAAUAACUGUUGCAAUUGCACAACCACCUAGCAAGCCAGGUACUCCAGAGCCUUUAGAAUUAACAAAUGAAAGCAUUACACUGCAUUGGAAAAAGCCAGAAUCAGAUGGAAACUUGCCAAUCACAGAAUACAUAUUAGAAUACCACGAAAAGACUGAAACUUCAUGGACCAAAGUCACAGAAAAAAUCAUUGAAACAAGUCAUACGGUAACAAAAUUAACGACUAAUAAAGAAUACACUUUCCGUGUAACAGCUGUUAAUAAAGUAGGUCUUAGUGAACCAUCUUCAGAAACACAAUAUAUAAAAAUUUCAAAGCCAUCAAGAUUAGAGCCACCGAUUAUAUUGGAGCCAUUAAAAAGUAUAAAUGUAGGUUUAAAAGAAACUGUAACACUUUCUUGUAUCAUUGGAGGAUCACCAACACCAGAAAUCACAUGGUUCAAGAAUAAUCAACUAUUUGCUGAUACUAAUAUAACUUAUGAAAAUCGUGUAGCAAAAUAUAUAAUCUUGGAAACAACAGAGACAUCUUCAGCAACAUUCACUGUAAAAGCAGAAAAUGAAGCUGGCACAGCAGAAACCACAUGUCAAUUGAAAAUACAAGAGUCACCAAAAUUGAUCGUUGAUGAAACAUUGAUAAAUCAGAAAUUAUCUGUAAGUUCUGAAUGGAAAAUUGAUGUUCAAACCAGUGGUUUCCCCACACCGGAUAUAACAUGGUCGAAGAAUAGUCAAAAGAUAAUCGAUAAGCGAGUAUCAACUCAUACUGUAGAGAAAAUUUCAACUAUUUCUAUCAGCUCUAUCGUGAGAGAAGAUACUGGUACUUACACAGCAGAAGCAACUAAUGAAGCUGGUAGUUCUUCUAUAGAUAUUCACCUCAAGGUUAUAGAUAAACCAGAUAAACCUCAAGGACCAAUAAUAACAAAAGAAAUCAGGCAAGAUCGUAUUACAAUUGAAUGGAAAGCACCAAUUGAUGAUGGUGGUCUUGAAAUAGAAAAAUAUACUAUUGAGAAAUGUGAAACAGCUAAGAUGAAUUGGAUAAAAGUAGCUGAUGUUGAUAAGAACAUAGAAAGUUUCUGUGUAGAAAAAUUACAAUUAGAAGUAGAAUAUAUGUUCAGAGUAAUUGCAAAGAAUAUUGUAGGCGCAUCGGAACCUUUGGAAUCUGAGCCAAUAAAGACAAGAAUGUCUUAUGGUCCACCUGGACCACCGAGAGGGCCUUUAGAGACUUCUGGCAUGACCAAAACAUCUUUCACAAUAAAAUGGCAAGUUCCAGAAAAUGAUGGUGGCUCCCCAAUUACAGAUUAUAUCAUUGAAAUAACAGAGUCAACGAAGAAGGCAUGGCAGAAGGUGGGCAACACAAAGGCUGAUGUAACAAACAUAAGUGUAUCAAACCUAAAAACCGAUAUGUCAUACGAUUUUAGAAUAACAGCAAAAAAUAAAAUAGGAAUGGGUGAACCAUAUAUUUCAGAGGAACCAAUUAUAGCUGGAAAGCGAGCAAAAAUAACAAAGCUUACAGAUAGCAGCUUAUAUGCUUUACUAGGCAUAUUUCCACCGUCAAAAAUUGUUAUAAGUAAAACUCCACCAUCUAGUCCACUCAAUGUUCGAGUAAUAAACUUUACAAGUAAGAGUGUAACACUUACAUGGUUUCCGCCAGCUAAUAAUGGAGGAACUGAACUUACAGGCUACAUUAUCGAAAAACGACCAUUAAUUGGUAAAGGUGCACGAUGGAUAAAGGUCGUUACUUUAGAUGCUACAACUCACCAAUAUUGCAUUGAAAAUUUGAAGGAAAGUGAAUUUUUAUUUAGAGUAUUCGCUGAAAAUUGUAUGGGUCUCAGUAUACCUACGAAUUCAGAGCCAGUUACUCUUAAGACUCAUGCUACUGUACCAUCAGCACCUACCGCCCCAUUAGAAAUCAGACAAAUAGCUGCAAAUACAGUGGUUAUAGAAUGGGGUAGACCAGAAUCUGACGGUGGUGCACCAUUAGAAGGGUAUAGAAUUGUUAUGAGGGAUGCUAAAAAGACUAUGUGGAUUGAGGUAGGACGAGUCAAGGCUGAUAUACAAAAGAUAAAUAUAAAAGACCUUCAAGAAAAUCAUGAGUAUCUUGUGAGAAUCUAUGCUAGAAACGAGGUUGGUCUAAGUGAACCAUUGGAAUCAGAUGAACCUUUCAAGAUACUACCAACUUCAGAAUUAUCAGUGGUGGAGCCUAUUGCAGAAGUCACAGACAAAGGUGAAACUGCGUCUGUGAGUUUUAGCACGGAAAAUACAAGUUCCUGGCUCCGAGAGCAUAACAUGGAUGCUGAUAUUCAUUCUUACGCGAGAGGAAGACUUCUUAGAAGAGAUGAAUACUUUUUCCGCAUUUGGCAUUAUGCUAAGAAACUAUUCGAAUAAGCAUUUCUACAAUUUCUAAACGGUUAUCCUAUUAUUUCUACGAAAAUGUAUCGUUUAUCGAGAACGCAUCUGAUGCUUAUUUUCUCAUCAAAUGCAACAAAAAAAAAAAAAAAAAAAAAAAAAAAAAAAAAAGAAAAAAAAGAACAUAUAAUACGUCAAGGUUAGAAAGGAGAGGGGAUAUAUCUUUUUGAUCAUAGAAAUGAAUGAAAAGAAAGGGAUAAAAACGAAGGAGAAUCUAUGGGCUUUCUUAAGCUAACCAACAAUGUCACUUAUAGAUCUUCCAUAAAAGCAUGAUAGGUUAACUUUCUUUUCUUUGUUGUUUUGUGAAUUAAAACAGGAGACUGGACGAAUGUAGAAACUAGUCAGAAUAUAGAGAUUCAAUCGUUAUUUUCUAACGAAGUAAGAUUUUUCGAAAGAAAUGCAAUUAUCAGAAUUUUGUAAAUAAUCUUUAUCCGAAAGAUCGUCAGGUUGAACGAAAAAAAGUCACAUUCACAAAUCUGUCAAGAAAGGAGAAAACGUUUAUCAAAAUGAGAAAAAAAGAAAAAGAACGAGCUGCUCCCUACGAAGUAAUAUUUUAAAAGGAGAAUGACAACGCGAUUAGACGAUAACUCGGAAUUAAUCCUUUAAAAAGAAUUCCUCCUUAUAGAAAGAUGUGAUAGGAAUGAUACGAUAGUUGAACGGUUGAAUAUCGAACUAUCCUUUUUCCCUUUUUCCUUACCUUUCCUACCCACUCCUCCCUCUAUAUCUCCGCCCAAGAAUGUUGCAAGCGGUAGGCAAUGUUCAGUCACUUAUUUAAAGUUUUUGGGAGGAUUACUUUAAGUAUUUAUUAUUAAUCUAUAAUCUAUAUUUAUAAUAUUAUUUGUUAUCAUUGCCGAUAGAUUUAUUAAACAAUUAUUGAUUAUCGUCGAUUAUCGAAUCGACAUUAUAAAGGACUGAUCGUAACAGUCGAAUUAAACGAGACAAAUGUCAUGCCUCGUUGGUAUUAUCGUGAGACGUAAUAAAUAUAGGUGCAAAACGAUAUCACUGAUAUGAUAUACCAGCGACGUGUCGCAUUGCUCGUAAUAACAUUGUAAAAUAUUUUACGAAUUAAAUUAUGACAAAUUAUAAAUAUAUCUCAAUUCUUUUUUUUUAUUAUUA